AUGGCGCCUGCCCCGGCGAUCGCCGCCUCGACCACAAGCUGGUGGUCGACGGGUGGUGAUGUCCGAUCGGCUACUACGACAUUUACCCAUCCCUUCCGAUGCUGGAGGUCAGGACCGGCAAUUGUCCGCCGACGAGGCUUCUGCGGGGUAGUCAGCAGGUGUUCCCUCCGGCAGCCAUCGAUGCAGGAAAAGCCGCAGGAAGAGGUGGAAACAGACGGAAGAGUGGAGAGGGAAGGAUUCUCUGAAGGUGGGGAGGGAAGUACGGGCGCUUGGGGGCAGGUGUCCGCCGUCCUCUUCGACAUGGACGGCGUGCUCUGUAAUAGUGAAGAGCCAUCGAGGAUGGCUGCAGUCGACUUAUUCGCGGAGAUGGGCGUACCAGUUACCACCGAGGAUUUUGUGCCUUUCAUGGGCACUGGUGCGUGACUUGAGAUUUCCCCUUCUCCUGGAAGAACUCGAAAUAUUUAUUCAACCCCUUUUAUCUGACAUGUUUUCGUCUUCUGAUGGUUAAAAUCUGUAUGUUUGGAGCCAGGGGAAGCAAAUUUCCUGGGUGGAGUUGCAAAGCUGAAGGGCGUCACUGGCUUUGAUCCGGAUGCUGCAAAGAAGAGGUUCUUUGAGAUAUACCUAGAGAAGGCAAGUUAGGGAAACCCUUCCUCUCCUUUGUCCGCAUUUCAUGCGGUUUUCAUUUAGUUCUCCUUUAAACUGUCUUCUCCUUUUGUUUCCAGUACGCAAAGCCAGAAUCUGGGAUUGGCUUCCCGGGGGCCAUAGAACUUAUUGAGGAGGUCAGUGGCGUCAUAGCUCUGACCUCUGUGAGCAACCUUGAAGGAUUUUCUUCCAUUUUUCCUUUUUCUUCCCCUUGAAAAAUGCUCAUGAUCGAAUACCAGUGCAAGAGGCAAGGACUUAAAGUUGCUGUUGCAUCUAGCGCUGACCGGAUUAAGGUAGACGCCAACCUGGCGGCGGCCAAUUUGCCUUCAUCUUUGUAAGUGAUUCAAUUUCCAUCACUAACUGGUUGAUUAGUUUGCCUUGAAUCAACACCGAUAAAUUGAGGAGGUAUUUAUCAUAGUGUAUCGUCUACUCUCUCAAAGUGGCCAAAUUUAUCAUCUGUUUGGGAAUGACAUUUGCUGCAUAAUGUGCUGGUGAAUAACAUUAUUGAUGACAUAAAAAGUCAUUUUUGUAGAUAAAUGGUGUUCUCAAACUAUUUCAAUGUCAAUGAUGCUGCUGUGUGUAGAAUUCGUCAGUGAUUCUCUUCAAAAAAAUUGUUUUAGCAGUGACUAUACGUUAUUAUGUAUUGAAUUUUAGGGGACUUUCUGUAUAUCAUGAAAACCACUUUUUUCAUUGACGAUCAAUGCAUUCAGAACUAUUUCAAUAAUUAUGCCUUGCUAUUUUGAUGAAUGUGUGGAAAUUUAUAUAAUUCUCAUCAGUUGGCAAUCCAAUGUUUAACUAUUUAUUUUCCCGAAGUAUAGUCAAGCAUUUUGUUGAGACUGUUCAAUUUUGUAAUUCCCCAGGAAUCUGAACACUGGUUCUUCUCUCUUUCAGAGAGUAGUUGUGCUCUUAUGUUUUCCACUGAGUAUUUGAUUGAAAAUGACUGAAAGGCAUUUGUCAAAAUGAAAAGUGACUGGUUCAGUCAGAAAGUGGUAGGUGUACUGUUCAUUAAUAAAUAGUACAUUGAAAGUCAGAAAUUUAUGAAAUAAUCAAAUGAGAAAUUUUGAAUGUGUUUAGAUUCUGAAUGAUAGCUGUUUCUGCAAACCAAAAGUACUUAAAUUUCUGAGUGAUCAACAUCACAUGAAACUCUGCUAUGGUCGUUUUUACACAUUCAGUGUUCUCUACUGCUUGAAGAACAGAUGAAGUUGAACAUUUUAAACCAAUGAGGCAGACCUCUUUGGGACUGUUUCUAUGUAAAUUGUCUGAAAAUGUGAACAUUGAUAUAUGAUGAAUAGGAAAUUUUUGCUUCUUCUUCUCUCCAUCAAAGUGGUAGGUCUGUAAUGCUGUUGGUUGGAUUAUUUGGUUACAUAUGUAUGACAGCAUAGUCAUUUCUGGUGAUAUCAUUGGAACAAGGACAGAGUAAAAUUCUGGGUUGCUUGUCUGUAUUUUAGAGCAAGAAAUUUAUCUUUCUAUGAAUUAUAUGUCAGUCACUAUAUGUUUUAAUAAGGACUUGUGCGAAAGAGGUUAAAAGAAACAGUCAACUAGCCUCGGUCUGGAAGCACUAAUGAGUGGUUUUUGACAAAAAAAUUGAUAUUUGAAUAGUUUUUGGUUUAUAGGGUUGAAUUUGAAUCAUUUAUCAGGAUCAUUGUUCUAAAGUUUGCCACAUGGUCCAUUUUAAAAAUGUUGUAUGCCUUUUAUUUUUCAUGGAGAGUCUAAAAAUUUAUUUUUGUGUAGAAAGUUGAUUAUGUCAUGAAGUUCUUUUGAUUUUUCAGAUUUGAUGCAAUUGUGUCCGCUGAUGCCUUCGAAAACUUGAAACCUGCACCUGAUAUCUUCUUUGCAGCGUCUAAGAUCUUGAAUAUUCCUCCAAGUGAGGUAUAUAUGCAUCUUUUCUGUUGACCUUAACGAAUGCUAUUUCCUUGGACUUAUCUUUUUCUCUGUACUAGGGAUUUUAUGUUUUUUUAUUCUAGAUUUUUUGUUUGUUGGAAAGAAUUCAUUUUUGAUGCCCUAGAUGCCUUUUGAUUUGUGUGUUUGAAUGCACCAUUUUCCUUUCUCUUUCUCUUUUCCUUCACCAUGUAGAGUUUCAAAUAUUUUUUCUUGUCUGUAUUUCUCCAUUUAUGAGAAGUAUCAUUUGUUUUCAUGGUAAAAAUGUACCAAGGUGCCCUAUGUUUAUUUAAUUUUUUCAUUAUUGUCUUCUAAUGUUAUUUCAAAAAUUUCGAAACAGGCUUGCUUAUACUUUAAAGCUAUUUAAUUAAAAAAAUUUCAAACUGAGUUAGAUUGAAAAUAUGUACUUAGGCUAUAAUAUCUAUAGAGCUACGAAUUCAUCACUCUUGGAUCAUAAGAUCUUCUGUAUUGGAUCAUAUGCUUCCAGUCAGCCAGCUGCAGAUCGGACUGGAUUUGCCCAAUUGACAAUAUUUAAUUUGAAGUCCAAUUGGCAUAAGAAUAAUUUAUGUGAAUAUCUUCUCAAGUUGAAAGCUGUAGUUCCUGCUGCCCACCUAUAGAAGCUGUUCGUUCAUCUCCUUCCCCACCCUUCUUCCCUCCUCUCAAGGUUGGCCUGCCUAUCUGAUUAGGAUUCUUAUAUUUAAAAAAUGAAACACCUUGUAUUUGUUAUAACCUGAUGGUUCUAGAGCUCAGAUUUACCUUUUAAUGCUAGAAUACGGAUUCUUAUAUUCAAAUUAAAUACAAGAUCAGAACUUAAUGCAUGAAAAUAGUGUGUGAAAAUAGUGUGAUUUCAAGAAUGAUUUUUUUAAAUGGAGAAUUUAAUGCAUGAAAUGCCAUAUUUUUCUUCUCUAUGCAUGCAACUAUUUGUGAAAAAAACAUGAUAAGUUGGGAAAUUCAAUUAACGUGAAAUUGCGAAUGAUGUUUUUUUGAUUUGAUUUAGAGUUAUAAUGUCUAGAAUGUUCCAAUCUUCUUGUAGAAGGUGGAAAAAUCACUGAAUUAAUUACUAACAACGAUGAUCUAGGGUUUAUAUCCUAACCCUAGAGGCAGCGUAAUGGGCCAUGACAUGUUUGACCCCUUACCACUAAAUGAUGGUCAACUAGGUGGGCCAUGACAUAGGGAGCCCAUUGCAUUUAACACCCCCCCUCAAGUUGGAGCAUUGAUGACACACUAUCCAUUUAACACCCGAGGAGCAUGGAGAGAUUUUCUGAAAGAUCUGCAAGUUGAUCUUUAGAUGAGACAAUAAUAGUAGUCGUGAGUUGAGCAUUAAUCUUCUCUCGAAUGAAAUAACAGUUAACUUCGAUGUGUUUUGUGCACUCAUAGAAGAUCGGAUUAGAUGCAAUAGAUAGCAGCUUGACUCUCACAUUGAAGUUCUAUAGGACCAAGAGGAAGAACCUUGAGUUCUUCUAAGUAAUGUCAAAUCUAGAUGAGCUCACAUGUGGUAUUUGUCAUAGCCCUAUAUUAAGACUCUACACUAGAUUGUGAAACUACUAACUAUUUCUUGCUCUAUCACAAAAUAAUAUUGUCGCUGAGUAAAAUGCAAUAAUUAGUUGUAGAUCUCUUGUAUGUACUGCUUCUAGCCCAAUCUACAUCAGUAAAACCUUGGAUGUUAAGAUGACUAUGGUUCUUGUAUAAUAAUCAUUGGCCUGGAUUUUUCUUUAGAUAUUGUAAAAAUCUAUAUAACAACUACAAAGUGCCUACUAUGAGGUCAAUUUAUGAACUGACUUACAACACUUGUAGCAAAUGAAAUAUUUGGUCGAGUGAUAAUCAAGUAGAAGAGUUUCCCAACAAGGCAUCAAUAUCUUCCUAGAUCCUUUAAUAAUUCUCUCUGUGCAUGAGACAACUUUAAGUAGAGAUUCAUAAGAGUAUUAGUUGGUUUUGCUUUAGUCAUGCUUGUCUCUACAAGUAGAUCAAGAGUAUACUUCUGUUGAUUAAUCACAAUCUCUUAGAACAUGCAACCUUUAUACCAAGAAAGAACUUGAGAUUGCCUAGAUCCUUAGUGGCAAACUAGCUUUGCAAAAAGCUCUUGAGGUGAGAUAUACCAACAGAAUCACUCCUAGUGAUAAUUAUGCCAUCGUCAUAAACAACUAAUAAGAUACAUUUGGCUGAGAAGUGUUGAUAAAUGACAGAGUGGUCAACAUCACAUCUCUGAAGACCAAACUCACUCAAAGUGUUGUUGAACUAAUUUAAUCAUAUUCGAGGAGAUUGUUUCAAACCAUAAAAGGACUUCUACAAUCAGUAGACUGUAUUAGAGCUUUUGUGCACAUUAAAUCUUGGAGGUUAUGUCAUAUAUAUCUCUUCUUACAAAGUGCUAUAAAGAAAUAUAUUCUUUAUAUCAAGCUGAUAAAGAGGCCAAGAGGAGUGAACUACCAAGUUAAACACAAUACAUAUAGAAAUAAUCUUAGCAACAUGUGAGAAAGUCUCUAAAUAAUCUUCACCAUAUACUUGAGUGAAGUCUUUUGCCAUCAAUUGAGCUUUCAAGAGAUCAACUAUACCAUCAAGUCUGUCUUUAAUUAUAAAGACCUAUUUGUAGCCAACAACAUGCUUUCUUAGGGGACAUGAGACAAGCUCCCAAGUUUGGUUCUUCUCAAGUGGCACAUCAUUCGGGAUGACUUAGUGCUUUUGAAAUAGUCUUGAGACUAGGAUAGUGGGAUAAUGUAUAUAAGAAUGUUUCUCUUUUUGUAAGGCAAUAGGGAGAUCAAGGUCACCUGUCACAGAUUUACUCACUUCUAGUCCCUUAGACGUAAGAAGGAUUGUUUGUGAAGUAGAUGCUUCAAGAGGUGCUGAAGGAGCUUUUCGCCAUGUGUACACGUGUGUGAUUGGAGUGUGUUAUCUCCUAACCUAUUAUCUAAUUGCUUUGAGAUCCCAUUAGGACUAUCCACAAAGAUUGACUCAACAACAACUAGUAUAGGUAAUGAUUCAUCUAGAGAAUCAGUAGGUUGUGACAUUAAAGAAAGGAGUGCUCUCAAAGAAGGUAACAUUAGUAGACACAUUUGUAUCUUUUUUGAGCGUGAGAGCACCAUAAGAAAACACAUUGCACAAAAUUAGGAUCAAAUUUAUCUCGACCUGUAUCUAAAUGAUGGACAAAACAAGUACACCCAAAAAUAAUUGGUGGUACAUUGUAAAAUGGGCUAGUACAAUAAAGAAUGGAAUGAGGAUUUUUCUGAUUAUAACUGAUGAUUGCAUAUGGUUAAUUAGGUAGAUGGUUGUAAGAAUGGCAUCACUUCAGGACUCAAGUGUGGCAUUCAUAUAUGAAAGUAAUAUAUGGGCUGUCUCAAUGAUAUCAAAGUUUUUCCUCUCAAUUAUCCCAUUUUGUUGAGUAUCAGGACAUGACAAUUGAUGAAUGAUGCCUUGGAUGGUUAUAUAUUGUGUAAAAGAUGAACUAAAUACUCCUUUACAUUAUCAUAAUGAAGUAUUUGAAUAUUCUUGCCAAAUGGAUUCUUAAUUUCAACACAAAAUGAGCAAAAGAUAUUGAUCGGUUUUUCAUGAGAUAGAGCUAGGGUACAAGAAUGAUGAUCAUCAAUAAAAGUAACAAAAUAUUUAAACUAGUUUAGAAUUGACAUGGCUAGGACCCCCAUACAUCAGAAUGGACUAAAUAAAAAAUAAACUAAACUCUUAAAAAAGUUCUUGACCCAAAGCUAGAACAAUGAUGUUGACCUAAUUAACAUGACUCACACUCUAAUAUUUCUAGAAAAAUUAGGUACUAUCAAUUUGAGUUUUCUAAGAGAUACAUGACCUAAUUGACUAUGGACUUGAAGAGGUGAAAUAGCGACACUUGCAGCAGAAUAAGGUUUUCCCUAGUAGUACAAUCUUCUAUCUUCAUAUCUUUCACCAAUCCUCCGCCAUGUCUUCAGGUCUUGAAUGGAACAUGAUUCAGGAAAGAAGAUUAUGGCAGCUUGUAGGGAUUUAGUGAGUUAUUAUGAAAUAAGGUUAAAAGGAAACUUAAGAAUGUGCAGAAUUGAUAUGAGUGGAAGGUUGGGAUUAUGAUAUGUAGAUCUUAUACCUAUGAUAGGUGUGGUAGAACCAUCUGCUAAGGUGAUAGUAGAAAGACUAGGAUGACUAUAGUAGGAUAUGAAUUUAUUGUAAUAAGGUCAAUAGAACCUGUGUCAAGAACCUAGUGGGGCGGUUCACCUAGAGAGGAUGUAGAUAUGUGUGUGUGUAAAUAUCCCAAGUGUAUCCGAGGUAGUAACUGGUAUUGAUGGUUGUUGAGCAACUCGAAACUGAAGUAGGUGAGCAUACUCAUCAGAUAGUGGCAUAUGAUGUAUGACUCAAGAUCCUCCUUCUCCACUUAAAACAAUGUUGGGAAUCUUUGGAGGACGACCAUGAAGUGCAUAACACUUAUCCCUUGUUUGCCCCUGUUUCUGCAAUAUUUGCACUCCUUUUUCUGAUCAUCUUCAGAAGCUCUUCCUCUACUUCCCCCUCUCCCAAAAUAACCACCGAGAGACAUGUUGAAAGGUUUCAGCAAGUGCCGGCAGCUCAUUUCCUAUUAGGAUAUGUUGGAAAUUCUAGGUCGUAAGAAAAUUAUGUAAUCAGUUGAGGGUGUUUUUGCAAAAGUUGUGCAUUGUUACUCUCUAUAUAAUGGGGGUUAGAGUUGAAUGAAUCUUUGAGUUGGUUUUUGCCAUUCUCCCCUCUGCCCUUUGUGAUGAGGUUUUUUCUCCAUUUCCAACAUGGUAUUAGAGUGGGUUUGUUCCGCUAGGAUUUUGUUGGCUCUGUCUGACAUCUAUUGUUUGGGGGAGCACCAUCACCCCCCAUCACUGGAGUUUGGCAGUAUCCGACAUCUUCUAUUUGCUACUGUCGCCUCUGUUUGGUGUAGGUUCUGCUUGGCGUUUCUUGUUUGGGGGAGCAUCGAUGCCACCAUCAUUGGCAUUUGGCGACAAACAGGUUACAGAUUAGGGUUUCAAACCCCUCUUUGUCCAGCAAAGCCUUCUGCCUUUGCCGAGUACCUUUCCGGCGAGGUUUUCUGUCUCUGCCAAGUACCUUCCAGUGAGGUAUUCCACCUCUGCCGAAUAUCCUUUUGGCAAAACAUUCUGCCUCUGUCAAGUAUCCUUCUGGCAAGGCCUUCUGCCUGUACCGAGUUUUGGUUUGGUGUCAUCCUAAUGCACUUAUUGCGCCAUGGAAGGCGUGUUAUCUUUCCACCAUUUUGAGCAGGUUUUCUUUCCGCCAUUCAGAGCGGUGCUACUUCCAUCAGUCCUCUUGUCUAGGACGACGAGUCCAUUGUCAUCUCCUCUUCCAACAAGGUCCUCUGCCGGCCAGGCAGUUCUACGACGAGAGAGCACUGAUCUUGCUCUGUCUCAUUUCUUCUAUCGUGAUCUUCAUCUGUCAUUUGACAGUAUAUUUGAGUUCAAAUUCAUUGGCGACAUUUCUGUCUACCUCAAACCUUCUGUCUAGAGGCUGAAAUAUCUGUAUUUUAUUGUUGUUUCCAUCUUCACCAAUGUUUUAUGAGAGGUAAAAUCAACCUCUCUUAUCCACCCUUGUCUUAGUCUAGAGUUAUCUUCUUUUAUCUCCCUUUAUUCUGCAUCAGUCUGUUGUCCUCCAUAGUCCGGCGACCAAAGUUUUCGACAGUCCAUGUUGUCUGGUGUUUUCUGCUCACUUCUACCUUCAUUGGAAUGUUCUUCGCCAUCCAGUUCGUCCACAAGUUCAUUCAUCUCAAUCUCACUCAAUCCAUUAGAGAAUUGCUGGCCCUUGCCUCUUUUGAGAGUUGAGACCCGACAUCACAUCAAUUGCCAUAGUUGGCCAUGUCAGCAGCAUCUUUGCAGUAGAGCUCGGCACUAUGUAGGUCUUUAAGUAGAUAUAUACUCUCUACGUGCUAGCAUAUUCAUGGUGUGUUGUUCUUGGGGCAUGACAAGCAUCAAAAGAGUCAAAGGUGUGGGCAAAUCCACAACCUCAGCAGUGGUUAUCUUUGACUACCAGCAAAGGGAGAGCUGCUGCCUCAAUGGAUCUUUGUCAUCACCAACAAGUGAAUGCUUAGAGGGCAAGAUUUUUGUCAUUAGCAACUUAGUCAAGAUAAACUUUUCCAAAGUCAAUCUUGAGGAGGGGUUUUAGAAAUUCUAGGUCGUAAGAAAAUUAUGUAAUUGAGGGUGUUUUUGCACAAGUUAUGUAUUAUUACUCCUUAUAUAAUGGGGGUUAGAGUUGAAUGAAUCUUGAGGUGGUUUCUACCAUUCUCCCCUCUGUCUUUUGUGAUGAGGUUUUUUCUCCAUUUCUAAUAGGAUCUAACUAUGAACUCCAUUAUGUUCAAGAUGAAGUCCACCAAGAUAAAGGAAGUUAUCGUUUCUUCAUCACUUGGAGAUCAUUAGAUAAAGGAAGUAGUAGAGAUCCUGAGUAAGACGAGCGAUCUCACCAAAGUACUGACUCAGAUCUGUUUCACCUUAUUUCAACCCAUAAUACUUCAUAGUCAUAUCAUAUAUCUGAGAGAUAUUGUUGGAGUACAUCAAUUAACAUGAUCUCAUGUUGCCUUACAUGUGUCCAGAUUACUCACUAAGUGUGCAAUAUGAGUCUCCAUAGAAUUUCACAUUAGAUUUAGGAGGAUUGCAUCUUGCUGCCCCCACUGCACACGUAGAUUAGGAUCAAUUGGCACAUCUUUUAAUAGAUGAUUAAUCUUUAUCUUGUCCUUUGAAAUAAAUUAUCACUGAUCUCUGCUAGUGAUGAUAAUUCUUUGCGGUCAACUUGUGAUUUGUCACAAAGUAAUUUUAUUUGGUAAGUAGAACAGUAGGUUUUAGUCCUUUUGCUAUAGUUGACCAUUGACUAGUGAACAUUUGACUAUUGACUAUUGACUGUGAAUGCUACCGUUGACCAGAAGAAGCCAAAGACACCCACAGACAUCAAAUAUGCCGGAUUGCUGAAGGAGAUGGCAGUGGUGGUGGUAGUGGCAGUGAGGACACUGGCGGCAGAUAAGAAACUUUCGACAAAGUUGAUGCCAAACAGAGGCAGCAGCAAUAGUAGUCAUGGAGGAAGACAUUGACGAAGGACGCCCUUUGUCGGAUAGAUGCCCUGUAGAGGCGGAAGGCCUCGUCAGAAAGGGGCACAUCAGAGGUGGAAGAGCUUGUCAGAAAGGGGGAGAGGUGGAAGACCUUGCCGGAAAGAGGCAUGGCGGAGGCAGAAGACCUCACCGGAAAAAUACUUGGCGGAGGUGGAAAACCUUGGUGGGAAGAAGCAUAAUGCCAAUAACUCCGGCAGAUGUCAGUGGAGGAUGUCGACUACUGUGACAUUAACCCGUGAAGCACCAGAGAAGGAUUUGAAACCCUAACCACGCUCUGAUACCAUGUAGAAGGUGUGCUGUGAGGCAGCAUAAUGGGCAGCGUAAUGGGCCACAACAUGACCCAUUACCACUAAAUGACGGUCCACUAGGUGGGCUGCGACAUAGGGAGCCCAUUAUGUUUAACACUUCUAAACAUUCAGUUUUUAGGUUAUUAAAAUAAAAAAUCAUAACAUUUGUCUACAUUUCGUUCAUUGCUACAGUGGUGCAAGAUGCUUCAUUUCGGAGAAUUCUUCUAUUUUGUUAUAUUAUCAUGGACUUUAUUGGUUAGGGUGUUUUCGGCUUCUAUUUAGAUGGAGAUAAUGUGAUUUCAUAGCUUGAAUGAGUCAACUUGUAACGUAUUGUGUGAUCAUAAAGGGUAGAUUGGAAGAUAAUUAUUUUAUCUAUUUAUUUAAAGUGAACUGAACAGUAAUUUGAUUAUGGAGAUUCAAGGUUCUUGGAUUACUUUUAUUUUGAAUAUGCAAUUUUGUCAUUAUGUUAAGGAGCCUGUUAAGUUGGUAACUUUUUUAUCAGCAGAUCUUGUUAACAUUGAUAUCAUUGUUCAUUAUUUAAGCAGAUGAAAUGUAACAGUCUUGAUGAUAUGAUGCCAUCAAGAAUGACUACCAAUUGCUUUAAGCAUCAUAUACGCCCAUCAAUGUCACUUAUUAAUUGGAUUUUUAUUAAUACGAGUUAAGGUUGUGUAAAAGGAUAAUUUUUUCUUGAAUUUGCUAAUUUGAAAUCUAAAUGCUUUCAAGUAUAUUUUCUAAUCAAGGGAAAUAUAAUAUUAAAAGAGUAGAAUGAGAGAAACUCACAAUAUUAAAGGAUUUGUCAGAUUUUAUCAGCUUUGUUUGGUACUUUUUCUUUUGUGAUGGGCAUCUCAAUCUUACUAUAGACUGAAACGUUUGAUUUCGCUUUUCAUUUGCACUUGCUGUCAUGGUAGUUUAUUCCAUGACAUGGAUCUGACUUUAUGCCCUUCUGUUAGUGUAUUGUAAUAGAAGAUGCUCUUGCUGGAGUUCAAGCUGCCCAGGCUGCUGACAUGAGGUACUUAAUGACAUGAACUGCUGAUGAAUGUCUUUUUCUGUUUCUGAUUGUCAACUCAGUUGCUAUCUUUCACAUAUUCUUGGAGACAAACAUGUUUGAAAGUGUUCAGUUCCACAUGAUCACUAAAAAAAGGAGAAUGUGUACAAGUGUAUGAUUGAUGAACACUAAAAUGAGGUCAUAUAUUAUUUGUAUCCUACACGCUAGCAUGGUAUGAGACGGAAAGUAGGAAUCUCACAACCCAAAACAAUAAUGUCCUUCACAAUGUUUAAUUUUUCCGGACUGUCUGCUCAUAUAAGAUUGUUAAACAGUGUGCCCCACAUUUUAUUUUAAAGAGGAUAUUUUUUCUCUGUCCAAGAACAGUUGAUCAUGCCAUGACAUAUAAUAUCCCAUGUUCUGCUUCUUUUUUAAUUCUGUUUGUCAACUUCUAACAAGAGUUCCCGAUUCUUUAUUCCCAAUGGCCAAGGCCAUUGUUGUAACUAAGCUUUGUCCACCGUGAUAGAAACAGUGCUUUGUCCAAGAGUUCACGACAUAUUCAAUCUUUUUUAAUAGAAACAGUGCUUUGUCCACCGUUUUUUUUGUAUUUACAAUUUUCUGUCACAUUAUCUGGCUGAAAGGGCAUGCUAUUGAUUAUAAAGAGUACGGUUCACACAAUUUUGCCGAAUAGAAUAUUAUAAAAUUUCGAAUAGUUACUGUUUGUUUUGGGAUUGCCCAAGAUAUUGCAUCUUAAAAUAUGUUUAUACAGAAUACAAGUUUCUUAUGUAUGUAGCAUCAUGCUUUAAAUAAUUUAUAAUUAAACAUUUAUAUAUUGCAUCAGUGCGAUAUAAACUUUUUAUGUUAUACAAGUUUCUUAUGCAUUGGACAACUGCCGGAAAAUAAUUGUAUGUUUCUACUGUGACAUUGAAUGUUGCUUUCUGUGACGAAUGUGAUAGAUCGAUCCUUUUAGGGUUUAUACCUGAGUCUUGAUAGACCUAGAUGGGCCGAUAUGGCCCAUUACCUUGAUCUUGCUGUUUUCCACCUCUGCUCCGAUGGUUGAAACCCAAUGACCAAGGUACUCAAUUCAGUUGUUGGAGAAUAUACACCUUUUUAUAUUAGCAUGUAAUUGAUGAUCUUGAAGAAGCUGGAACAGUUGAGUGAGGUGGUGAUCGUGCUGUUCUGCAUUUGAACUAAGAACAAGUAUGUCAUAAAAAAAAAUCAAUAGAAAUUUCGAAAGGAACGGCUUGAAAAUUUGAUUAAUUAAGACUUGAAACACGGUAGGAGUAUUCUUGAGCCCAAAAGGCAUAACCAAGAAAUCAUAAUGCCCUUCUUGGGUUCUAAAAGCUAUUUUGUGUACAUUAGUCUCAUGCAUUUAGAUUUGGUGGUACCUGACCUUCAAAUCCAACUUGGAAGAGAUUGAAGCUCUGUGAAGCUCAUCUAAUAUUUAUCUACAGUAGGUUUUGAAAAAUUAUUUGGUAUGGUGAUCUUGUUGAGCCCCUUGUAAUCCGCACAAAACCACCAGCUGCUGUUUUUUUUUUUAAACUAAUAGUACUGGGCUGGUGUAAAGACUUUUUGAGGGCUGAAUGAUUCUCAAAUCACACAUUUCUCUCACUGAUUUUUCAAUUUCAUAUUUCUGGAAAUGUGAAUAGCGAUAAAGACGUAUGAUCAUAGGCCCCUUACCUGCCUCUAGUAUAAUGCGAUGAUUGACCUUUAUGUUGGGAGGAAGUCCUUCACAAGGGGAAAAAAACUAUUGGGAAGGAAGUUACAAGUCUUUGCUCUAUAGCUGUAGGUAGGUUGUGAGAUUCCUCUAUAGCUUCCCCAAUAAGUUGGUAUAUGCCAACAAAUAAUUCCUCAGCAUGCUGGAAAUCACAUGUUAUAUAGACUUGAAGGGAUACACCAGACUUAUAGAGAUGGUGCUUACCUCUGAGAGUGACCGUGCCUCCCAAUAGAAUUUUCACUUGGAGAUGUUUCCAGCUCACCCACAUGAAGUCUAGGGUCUUUAACCACUGCAUUCCUAAUAUAACAUCUAUGUUGCCCAAUUGCAAGGGCAAAAAAUUCUCUCUUAUCUUCAGUUUUUACAUUUUCAGCACCAACACCUUGACAUAUUCCCGUCCUCUAAUGGCUGUUCCAUUUCUCAUGACCACCCCAUAAUUUGUGGUGGUAGAUAAGGGUAGCUUCAACUCUUGUACUAUCUCUUGAGAUAUAAAGUUAUGCAUGGCUCUGCAAUCCACCAAUAUGGUGAGAUCCUUGUCCAUGAUCUACCUCUGCAACUUCAUGGUACCUAGUAUAAGUAGACCAAUGAAUGAAUUAAGGGAAAUUUCAAUAUUAGCUUCUUUAUUAUUACCGUUAUCUACUAUCUGUACAAGGGUACAUAGUUCAGCAGCUUCUCCCAAGUCGUCUUCCUCUUUGUGAACUAGAAACAAUUGUAGUUCUCUUUUAUAGAUAUGUCCAAGUUGGAAUUUUUCAUUGCAUGAAAAGCAAAGCCCCUUCAUUCACCUAUCUUGCAACUCAGAUCUGUGAGGAUCAACCUCCUCCUGCUGCUUGCCACCCUUGAGGUGAUUUUGGUGCCCUUCUAGUUAAGUGGUAUAUCUUUCUAGUUGUUAGCCCUGUUUGAGGGAGACUCUUGGUUUUUGUGUCGAGUUCAUCAGAAGUGCUCGCCUCAUAACAACAGAUUUUCCAACUUGUAGCUUUUCUGCUCCCCUAUGUUCUUGCGGGUGAUAUUCUUCUCCUCCGUAGCUUGAGCAGUACCCAUAAUUUCGUUGAGUCCCUUUGGUUUGAAUAAUUUGAUUUCAGCCCUAAUCUCAGGCCAGAGUCCCGAUACAAUCCUCUAUGGUAGGAUCGAAUUUGAACAAAGCAGCAGAGACAAAAUACUUUGUGUUGAACUCAGACUCUCACCAGCAACGAGAGACAAAAUGAUGGGAAGAACAAUCUCCCCAGAUAUAGAGACAAAAAAGGGGAGAAGAGUAAAAUGGGGGAACAAUGUUCAAGAGGGUUCCCCGACUCUCUAAAAUACCAACUUUGCCGCCUUAAACCCCAUCUUCUCGUGCUGUAUUUAUAACCCCUCUCAUGUGCUGCGCGCGUGCUCCUUUCUUAGGCCUUCUGUAGGUCAGUAGUAGGAUUGUAUUAUUACCCCCCUCCUUUAGAUUCACCUAGUCCUCUAAGUGAAAUUUUGGAAAUUGAUGUCUAAGGUUGUGGGCCAGCUCCCAUGAAGAUUCAUGAUCUUAGCUUAUCCCAUUUCACUAGUACUUCUGGGUGUAUAGGGGUCAUCCGCAGCCCUAGAAUUGAUUGAAGCUGGACCUGCCAUUUCAUGUCUAAGCUGAGUGAAGGUGAAAAUUGCUGGGGAAGGUUUGCCGUUGCUAAAGCACACAAUAGUUGAGAAAUAUAGAACACUAGAUGGAUUGACGAUGCUAGUGGGAGAUCCAACUUGUACGCUGUUUGACCCAUGCGGGAGAUGAUCUUGUAUGGACCAAAGAACUUCGGGGAGAGUUUCUCAUUCACCUUUCUUGCUAGAGAUUUCAUUCUGUAGAAACGAAGUUGUAGGAAUACUUGAUCAUUGACGUGAAACUCAGUGGGUCGCCGGUGCUGAUCUGCCUUGAGUUUUAUUUGAGACUGAAAAUUUUGUAGAUGUUGCUUUAGUAAGUUGAGAAUUUGGUCUCGUUCUAGUAGUUGUUGGUCCGCAAUAGAGAUUGGAGAGAGAAAAGGCCCAUAAUUGAUGAUAAUCAAUGGAUCACAGCCAUAGACUACUUUAUAUGGAGUAGUUUUACUAGAGGAAUGGUAAGCAGUAUUAUAAGAUAAUUCUGCCUAAUGCAGCCAGGACUGCCACUCCCUUGGUUGUUGUAACACAACCAAAGUUGUGUUAUGACAAAACUAAAAGUUGACCGUUGACUAUUGACUAUUGACUAUUGACUGUUGAAUUUUAUUACUGACUUUAACUGUUGACUUUGAUUGUGAGUUGACUGUUGGAUUUGAUGAAGAAACCAUCCCUACAUGACUCCUAUUGAAUGUGUGCGGCAGUGUGCACUUGUGGUGCCUUUUGUCACCAUUAGAUGGAGGACAGCAACCCCAAAUGGGGGAUGGCGUUGCAAGACAGGGGAUGGCGUUACUGGGUGAGGAAUGGCGUUGCAAGACAGGGGAUGGCGUUGCUGGGUGAGGAAUGGCAUCCCAGAUGGAGAACUGUGUCACCAGAUGGGAGAAUGGCAUUGCCUAAAGGGGGAUAGUAUUGUUGGACUAAUUGAAGGACGACACUGCAGGGGGGGACGGGCCACCAGACAAAGGGGAUGGCAGCACUGGACGGAGGAUGGGACUUCCGGAUCAAUGCCACUAGACAGAGGACCACGUUGCCGGACGUAGGGCAAUGCUGCUAGGCUUUUGGCUUUAGCACCAUGUGACAAAUGUGAUAGAUCAAUCCUUUUAGAGGGAGAGCCUCUGCUAUUUAGACCAAAGUCUCCAUAGACCUAGAUGGCCCGACAUGGCCCAUACCUGGGAGCUGAUACAACCCAUACCUAAUAGCAUACAUGAUAUUCAACAGGUUUAAUAGAACCAGGAAGGUUCCGAUGAUUUAUCCUUGGUAACUCUAUCAGCAAUAAUUGAGAAGUCUUCUUCAUUUUAUUUCUUUUCAUGACAUAAUAUCUGAUCCUUUUCUACAUUGGGAUUGCUUUUCUUUUUUACACAGCUGACUUAAUUUAAUUUUUUUUGUUAUAUCUACAUAAAUAACAUGAUUCUAUCCAUGGUAUCUCAUUCUGUUUAUCUCUGCUUGUUUAGUUUAACUUUGAUUUCCUAUAUAUGCCCUUUGAGGUAGAAUUAUUCUUUGUUUGCUCAAUUAUUCUCCUUUCAUGCUAUUUACAGGUGCAUUGCUGUAACAACAACAUUAUCAGAGGAGAAGCUACAGAAAGCAGAGCCAUCUCUGAUCAGAAAAGAUAUAGGAAAUAUUACAAUUGUUGACAUUUUAGAUGGCGAUUCAAAUGGACAUAAUAGUAUGUCAUUUUGAGGAACACAUUGCAAAAGUUCAUUGUGUAGCUGCAUUGAUGAUGUAAUUCAAUUUAUGAUGUUAUGUAACUCUGAAGACAAUAUCAUAGAAGUAGUUUGCUUCUUUGGUUAAAGGAAACUGUUUUGGGAAUUGAGUAUCGCAAUCUAUUCCCUGAAGGUUGUUGGCACAAUCUUUUUCAUUAUUGUCUGCGGCUACAACUUUCUUGUAUAUUAUAUUUCAAUGGUUCAUGGUUUGCUUUUUCUUAUCCAUUGUCCAAGCAUUUUCUCUGCUAUGUUUUUCAUGAGAAAUAAUAUUUUUAGCUACAAUUGAUGCUUAAUGUAGGCAAAUGCUUUGCAGACUUGCAGGUGUCAAGGGAUGUUUCUUCCGAGGAAAUGACUACCAAGCAAUGUGGUGAAGAUGCAAGUGACGAUUUAGCACAGGAUUCACAGCCUCCUUCCCAAGUGGAGUCCGUUGGAUGGUAAGGAAAUAAAAAUGCUGUUCUGAUUAUUUACUCAUCUCCAUUUAUUGGCAGCUCUGUAAAUAUUUCACUAAGGUUUUGGCAAUUGAAUGAAAAUGAAUGUGUGAUCUUAGUAAAUACCUAAAACCAUUUAUAUGUAUGUAUUGAGGAUAUGUAGUGGUAAAGUGGAUGAUGAGAUUUUCCUGGUCCAUUUCCGGUUUUGUUCAUCUAAGAACUAAAGUAACUUUGGAAAAAACGUGAGCCAACAGGGAAGGGAUGGAACUCAAGAUCAAAAUCAAGAAAUCCAAAGGAAAGCUCAUAAGGUAAAAUCCAAAAAGUAUGAAGAGUAUAUUGAUAGACAUGUCCCAGUACCAUUUAUUCUUUUUAGUACACUUCCGCUUCCUGUCACCCAAGAUAUGAAGAACCUUUGCUUCUAGCUAUUUUCUUUGGAACCUCACUCAUCACCCACAUCUGAACAACCUUUUUUAACCUACUCUCGUUAUAUGGCUUUCUUUAGGCAAUGGUUGAUGAUCUGGUGUUGCACAUGGUUCCAGAGAUGCGCUUGUUUCUGGAGCCUUCCAGAAGAUCAGUAUUGUUUAGGAAUGAUGAGAGCUAGUUUCUGUUCUACACUAUUCCAUUUUUCGCAUAAGAGAAGAUUGUUCCUUUCAAUUUCCAUCCUCCCAGAUUCAUCAUGUGGGAAUUGCUGUACUUCUCUGAGAUAUAAGGAACCUCACUUCUGGAAGGAUCGCAACCCAGGCAAUUUGGUCAUUAGUUUGGCUAGUUUACUCAUUAGCCCUGAGAAUUUCCUCAAAAUUUAAUUGCAAUCGAAUACAUUAAGAGAUAUUUAACACUGAUGCUGAGAAAUAAAGGUAUAUGACCUUGUCAGAUACUGUAAACAUGUUCUUGAAGGCUUUGUUUUUUCAUUUAUUUUUUACACGGUUGUUCUUUGCAUCAAGGGUGCUCAAUUGUUUACCAAUUUAAACAGUCUGAAUAAAUGAUUAUUUAACAGGCUGCAGGGUUCUCGGAGUGAUAUUCUGAGAUAUGGAAGCUUGAGUAUUGCAAUUUCAUGUCUUAUAUUUGCUAUAAAUAAUCGGAAGGUAUUCUUCUGCACUGAAAUUAAAAGUGUAGUAUGCGACACUAUGAACAUAUUUUAUGAUCUUCUUUGUUAAGUGCUCAGAAUUUUAGUUUUAUUUAACGAUCUGUGAAUUUCAUUCUUUAAUCUGGAUCACGAAGUGACUUAGUUGAUCUUGAUCUAACCCCAAUUCCAAUUACCAUAUAUCUGGAUCCACUCAAGUGUAGCUAUUGGUUUGGUCGAGUUUUAUUAUAGGUAGGGGGCACGAAAUAUUGUUGAAAAUAUGUCAACUUAUUUCCUAGGCUAUUUAUUCUUUUAAAAUGUAUAGAUACGAGACUAAGCCGUGUAAGAAGAUGUGGAGUUUUUGUGUUUUCGAUUCUCCUUUUAUACAUUCUUCCAUCUAUUUUUAUAUGGCAUCAUUUUAAACUCAGUUUGAUUUGGUUUUAUAGGCAAUGCAAUAUGCAUCUCCAAAGGCUUUGCUAAAUCUGUUAUUUGGUGUCAGCCGUCCUAAUUUUACUCAAAGUGAAGGUUUGUGUUCUGAAAUACAGAAACUUUGCUUGCUAAUUUCAAUUCUCAUAUGCAAAUUGUUAUCCCUUUAAACUCCCUUAUUGGUCACAGAGAUAUGAAAUCUUCGGAAUCAGGGUUUCAUUUGGAUUCCUUUAAUCUUUUUAGUCGUACAUUGUCUAAAUUAUUGAUUUAAGUGAACUGGCAGAGCCCCCGUAUGUUUCUUUGUAUGUUCAGUUAUGCCAAGGGUUGGACCUUGAUGUCAUUAUUUUUCUAUUUGAUAGGAGAUCCCCAAGGUGCAAGAAUGCAACAGAUUCUGAACUACAUAGCUGAUAUAGAAGGGAGGCAUGUAGCAAAUUCCUCUUGCCUUGAGUCCAGGGUUAAAAGGUUUAAAGGUGUAGGUCUUUUGUGGAUUCUGUUUUAAACACAUUUUUCCUCAUUCUGUAGGAGCGAUACUCCAAAGGUUCCUGAGUUUCCAUCUAGGCUUGACUGGCUCAAUACAUCUCCACUUCAAUUCAAUCGAGUAUGUAUUGCACUAAUUAUAGAUCAACUCUCUGAUAUAAAAUCAUUUAAUGUCUCUCAUCUUCUAUAGCUAUUUGAAUUAUUCAAUAUUUGUGAUUAUUAGUACCACCUUUGUCCUGUCUUCCUUUUAAGAUAUAUUUUAUACAUACUCCUUUGAAGAUAUGUUUGAUUUUAAACACUUAACUAAUAGAAAUCAAAAGGGAAAAGAAACUAUGCCUUUGGCAUACUGACCACGAUUAGGAAGUAAUAAUAAGUUAUCAUUUAAAGAGUUUACCAUGAAAAAAAUUGUUUGGUUUUUUAUACUGUUUUAGAUGUUCAGAAGGCAUGUGGUAGAGGCCUGUUUUCAUCAUACAACCAUUUUUUUUCUUCCAAAGCAAUAGUGGAUUCUGAUUUAAUGUUGUAAGCAGUUUGAUAAGAAUUUUUUUUAUUACUCUUUUUGAUCUGGUCCGAAAAAUCUUGUCAUUUCAUGAAGUGGAAAGAUAGUUGACACUUUCGAAAUUUAUGCAGUGAAGAGAGGGCGGGGAAUCAACAGGUCAGAAAUAAUGGUAUCAUGUGACACAAUGAAACUCAAGAAAAUCCAUUUGCUAAUUUAUCAUUGUUCGUGGCCAAACUAGCCACAAAUGAUCUCGUAUUGCCUGGGCUGUCAAAGAUAUCUUUAUGGAGUGGGACUGGAGAUUGUAUUUUUUAAGAGGGAUUGCAGCAACACAGUGAAUAACAAUAGAGGAUUCUUAUUCUUAUUCUUUCAUGCUGAUUCUUCAAGGUUUUGAUAGACAAUAACAAUAGAGGGAAAUGACUUAAAGAUAGUAGACUAGGUGAAUCAAGGAAGAAUGGAAGUUUCACAACAAAUCGGGAAGCAAAAUCAUAAACAGGAAUCCCACUGAUAGAUUUUUUUAGUCUGACAUCUCACAAAACUGCCACUGUGAUACGAUCCUCAAGGGUAGGACCGAAUCGGGGCAAACAGAAAGGAUGGAACACUUCGUAUAUGACCUUCCCGAAUACAGAGACGAAAAGGGACAAGAAGAGUAAAGUGGGGAACAAUGUUCGAGAGGGUUCCCCUGCCUCUCCAGAAUACCAACUUUGCCGCCCUAAACCCCAUCUUCUCAUGUUGUACUUAUAGUCCUGCUCACGUGCUCCUUUCCUACGCCUUUUGUAGGUUAGUAGUGGAAUCGUAUCACACUGCAAGACUGAAAUCUACUCUCUUUAUCUCAAAAUAAAGAAAGCUUCUCGUUUGUGACUACUUGGAUUGGUUGCCUUGUCUGCAAGUGUGGUAACUCUGACUUAGCAGAAAAUUAGAUCAAUGAACCAUUUGCAAUUUUAUUUAUUGCGAAAAGAUAUGAUACUCGGUAAACUCAGCUUAGCUGCUCCCUUCUCACUAAUCAUGCAUGUUAACUCUCAUGAAUAAAAACUGUGUCAUAUCUUGAGCUCUGUAAAUCGGAAGUAAAGUCACUAGCUGACAACUGUCAUGUCUUAGUCACUCAAGAUUUCAAUGUCUUGAGUUCCAUUUACAUUAUCAAACUCAUGUAGCCUACAAGGUCAUCCUCGGGUCUGCUGUUAUUUUAAACGGAUAUUUCUUUUUCUGAUGUCUCUGAUAUUUCCAGUUGAAGAAUAAACUUUGGCUUCAAGGAUGAAGACAGAUUUAAUGGAGAAUCAGUUGCACAGGAAAUAAAACCAGCUGGAGAUGAUAACAGCUUGACUUGAUUGCCUAACUAUCUAUGCCUCUUCGUCUGUCAGCUUCUGCAAUUAGUCAGGAGACUUGAUCAACAGCUAGAGAUGUCAGCGUCUGAUGUCUCCACCUUAUGGUAGCUCAACCAAUUCCAUUUUAGGCUGGGGCACUAAAAGCUUCUGCUCUCAGCAGAUAACAAAAGGCCUGUAAAAUUCUUCCUGGUUGUCAGAGGAGAUGCCAGCCGUCGCAACAAAAUUAAGAAAAACGAUAUUUUGAUAACGACAAAGGGUAUCCUUAAAACUGAAAACCAAGACAAUGGACUGCAACAUCGGUUUUUUGUCAAUUCUUUCCUAUUAAGGCCUUUAUUCUAAUGUUUCAUGCAUGGGCUACUUUAAUCUUUGUAAUCCCCUAUAAAACCUCUUCAGCUGGAGCCAUGUGACCCGUGAGGUGCACACCUUUCUUUGUCAAGAUACUUCCCUUUUUUAAUGUGAUUGGGAAACUGAUUCAGUGGAUCCCACCGCCAUCCAACUACUGUCCGCUAUGAAUAUUGCUCAGUUCAAUAUUUAAACUGAUAGCCAAUCCUUUAAAUUACAGGAUUUCAAAAGCCUUGUAACAUAACAUUUAGAAAACCAUAUAUACUUAUCAUAUAAUAAAAAUGUCUUCAUUGGAGUUACAUGUUGAAUAUUGUGUACCUUUUAUCAAGAACUGUUUUAUGCAAAUUACUUGUACCCCUACUUAAGGAAAGUUUAGUAAUUCUUCAGUGAUUUUUUUAUCAUUACUCACAUAGAGAGUGUCUCUUGGUUUACCCCAAAUUUACAAGAGGCUUGAUAAUGUGGUUUUAGGACGAAGGCUGUUGUUGCUUUGAAACCACAAUCUUGAUUACAAGAGUCAUAUAUGUCAAACCAGGCUUACUAUUUGUAGAAGGUCACGUUUUUAGUUUUAGAGGAUGAUCCAAGCUCAAGUAGUUAUGGGCGUGGUAGUGAUAAAUACAGUAAGAGCCCUAGUUCCCAACUAUGUCCGAUUCAAUCUGUCUAUGAACCUAGUUUCAUCUCUAAAAGUGAUCACCACAGAAUAGCUUUUGGUCAAUUUUCUUGGGAUUCAUCGUAUCAUUUCUUGCUAAGGGUUAUAUGUAAGUGUGCAACGAAAUUGUUAGCAUGUUUUUUGAGUAUCCUUAAAAACUUUUCUGGAGCAUCAGUGAAGGCUGAGGCACCUGCAAUCAGGAGUGGAUACUUGAUACAUCACUUCAUGCUAACAUAAAUUUUCUAAUUUUAUUAAUUUCCUGGAAUAAGUGCGAGCUGCGGAAUGCAGAGUUGAGGGAAAUGAACAAUGGUCGGAUGAUGGAAGGAAAUGGAGGGGUAUUAGGUGGCGAGGUGUUGAAUUGGAUUGUAAUUUUCCUGAAGAGGUCCAUGAUGACUAUGAAAUCAUUGCUUUGAUGACGAGAAUAUCGAAGUUCAGCCAACACUAUGUUGUGUUUUAUUUAUGCUUUAAACUGCUGAAGAUGUCAGUUUCUUUAAAUAAUUUAGUGUUUUGAAUAUGUUCUUAGUGGCAAUAGUUUCUUUCAUAAAUUUUUUCCUUCCUUUUUCCUGUAUUGUGGGAAUUUGACGUUUUAAGCUUUUUUUAAAGUUUCCAUUCUUAUUUUCCUUAUUUCAGAUUUCUUCAAGUAACCUGCUUAUGAAGUGUUCAUUUUAAUGCUUCAGGAUUUAAAGGGAAAGCUUGUUCUUCUUGAUUUCUGGACAUAUUGCUGCAUAAAUUGUAUGCAUGUGUUGCCCGAUCUAGAGUUUCUGGAGAAAAAAUACAGAGAUAUGCCGGUAUGUUGGUCUCUAUUUAUUUUUUACUGUCAGCCAUAGCUGUUCACUUAUCCUAUUCGUAUUUUGGUAUGUACUUGAAAUAUGUCUUUAAAGGAGAAUGUGGUAUUUCGAUGCCUAAGGAAAAUAACUGCUGAUGCUGAAUGGAUUGAAAAAUCUUUAAAUGGAAUCUAGUUCUUAGAAAUUAUCUUGAGAGGAUUCUGUUUCAGUAUUCAACUUUAUUUGCUCUUGAAUUAUUUCCUCUAAUUUGCCAAUCUCUGUAUUAUGCCAUUAAGAUGCUCCUGGAUUAUUGGCCUAGGACUGUGCCCUUAUUAAACCUGUUACUCGGAGUACUUCGGAGAGUGAGAUUGUGAUGGAUGCUCACCAAACGUAAUGCUCGGCCAAUUGCUGACCAUGUUCGUGCAUCAUGACAUUUGUCUGCUUCAUUAGAGUUUACUUGAACACAAAUGCAAUAUCCCACAGAUUUUCUAUAAUAAAUUGAUAUGAGACUUUGAAGCUUAUUUGUCUUUUCAUUUAUCCAAGUAGACGAUUCCAUUCUCUUUCUAAUGUGCCUUUUAGUGUCCUGAUUGGUUUGUGUACUCUCUUUGUUACUUAUUUUAGACCACCAUAUUUUAAUAUGUGUGUAGGUUUGUGCAGUUCACAGUUAUUGGAGUUCACUCCGCUAAGUUUGACAAUGAAAAAGACCUUGAAGCGAUUCGUAAUGCAGUUUUGCGUUAUAACAUCACCCAUCCAGUGAGUAAAGUGCCUCAUUCCUCUAAAAUAAUUUAAUGCGGACAUUUUGGUUCAUUGAUUAGUAGAAUAUGAUGAUUAGGGAUAGUUUUCUGAAUUUAAUGCAAUCUUUCAUGCGUAAUGCAUUGCUAUGUCUAUUGGCAUGGGUCAGGUCAGGGAAAAUUUCACUUCGUCAUUUUCCAUCUGUCUAUUCAGAAAUUUGUGGGGUGACAAAUAAUUUAUGUUCUCCUUAGAAACUUUCUUCAUUUUGAAAAUACAUCAUUUUUAGAUUUACGGAUCAGAGUUUCAUCAUUAAUCAUUGUUGUCGAGAUGUACUUAAUUAACAUGUAUACCUUACAAGUUUACAUAUAUGUCCUCAUGUACCUUUCAUUUCGUGUUAUAUCAGUGUGUCUAGAACCUUCUAGGGAUCUGAUAUAAAUACUAGAUCCCGCUCUCCUUGUAAACUGUUUUUUGAUCAAUAAAGUUAGAGUUCUUCUUCCACGAGUGCUAGACGCCUAUCAGAGCUCCCAGACCAUGUGUUAUCUUGAUCACAUGGUAUCAGAGCCAUUCUAGGGUUUAAAACCUUAUUUUUCAGCACCGUCACAGUUGACGCUGCUUUGUCGGCGUUCUCUCCAUCGUCUGCUGGAGUUACAGGUGCCGUACACUUCCGGCAAGGGAUCUUCUCCUUAGCUGUGAUCGCUCCAUUUCUUUGUUUCCGCACUGAUCUACUGGUCUGUUACGGUUCUUACACCGUUUUUUUCUUGUCUCUAUUGAGAUUUGUUCACGAAUCUGAUUUUUUCGUGAAUUUGGACAUGCUCUUUAAAUGGAGAAUGUGGGAGACAAUUCUUCAUCAUCUGUGGGGGAUCCAAUCUCCACAAGGGAAGUUAAUCUUUGGCCAAGUGGUCCAAUAUUACUCAUAGAACUUCUUGCAAUGCCUGCAGAAUUCAAAUUGACUGGAUACAAUUUGAUUCAAUGGUCUGAAUAUGUUCUAGAGGUAUUGACUGGAAGAGGGAUGUUACAUGAUCUGAUUGAAGGGAAAUCGAAUCCAUUGUCUCGAGAAUUUUGUAGAUGGAGAGACGAAGAUGCAUUAAUCAAAACCUGGCUUUGGGGAACAAUGAUUCCCUAGAUUAGCCGAGAUUUUUUCUUUCUAUCUACAGUCAAAGAUAUGUGGGAAACAGUUCACACGAAAUUCUCACAAAGAAAUAAUGAGGUACAUUUAUAUGAACUUCAGAUAAAAUCCAUGUCCACAAUUCAAGGAAAUAAAUCUGUGAUGGAAUAUACAGGAGAAUUGAAAAAUUUAUGGCAGGAAAUUGAUUAUUAUCUUAGCAUUGAUACAGAAAAAUCUGCAGAAAUUGUUUUCCUACGACAUUUUAUAGAACGAAGAAAGUGUUUAAAUUUUAGGCUGGACUUAAUUCUGUUUUUGAUCAAGUCAGACAACAGAUUUUGAGUCGUGAAAGGAAAUGUGAUUUGGAUGAAGCUAUUUCCAUCAUUUUAAAUGAGGAAACUCGUCGGAAAUUAAUGUUGUCAGUGCCUAAAGUUGACAAUACUGCAUUUAUGAUUAAACAGGGAGAAAUUAUGAAGAAAGCCUCAGGUCAAGCUAAACAGCCCCAGCAUGGCCAAGGAAGAAAUAAGAAGACUGAUUUUCGUGAUAAUCUGUGGUGUACAUAUUGCAGGAAAGCUUGUCACACUAGAGACAUAUGUUAUAAACUACGCGUGGUAAACCAUAAAAUUUUGGCACUGAAAAAUAUGGCAGUCAAUCACAUUUGGCAGCAGGAUUACCAACUAGUCAUUCUUCAGAUUCCCGAAUCAAUCAACAUUCUUUUCUCCUCAAAUUGAGGAUAUAGAGCGACUUCGAAUUGAGUUAGAAAAACUGAAGAUGACAGUGACACAAUUCUCAUCAAUUCAACCUGGUAUAUUUCACCACUCUCUUGGAGUUAGAGUUUCUUCUAGAGAUAUUUUUAAUAAUUGGGUAGUGGACUUAGGUGCAACGGACCACAUGACCAACUCCCUCAGCCUUUUCACCAAAUACAACCCCUGUCCUAGUGACAGAAAAGUGACCACUGCAGACGGAACCUUUCUAACCGUCGUAGUUAUAGGAGUCAUUUGACUUGAACCUCUAGGGGUUCUUACUAAUGCUCUUCAUGUCCCCAAGUUAUUUACAAACCUCAUUUCAGUUAAAAAACUUGUUAGAGACUCACCUUAUCAUGUCUUUUUUGAUGAAGAUGUCUGUGUCAUAUUUGAUAUAAGGUACAUCAUCGGAGAAUUGGAGUUGUUAGAGAGUGUGAAGGUCUUUAUCUUUUAGAAGGACUAAGCUAAACACAUUUAGUGGAAGCGGAUCAAUCUCUAGAACCUCUAGAAUAUGCCCUUAAGAUACGAUUACUUCGCCAACGGAUGGGUCAUCUAUCCUUUUUCCUACUUUGUUUCGAAAGGUGUCAUUGGACAGUCUUAAAUGUAAUGCGUGUAACCUUUCUAGACACACGAACUUCAUUUCAAUCUCAAGGGGAAAGGAGUGAUGUUCCUUUCUUCCUAAUUCAUAGUGACAUUUGGGGACCAUGUCCCAUUAAUAACAUUCGUGGUAAUAAAUGGUUUGCCACUUUCAUUGAUGAUUGUACAAGAUGUAUGUGGGUCUUUCUUCUCAAACAAAAAUCCGAUGUGUGUGAUGUUCUGAAUUUUUUUUGUGCCAGGAAAAAAAAUAAGUUUGGCACUAGUAUUAAAAAAUUCAGAUCUGAUAAUGUUAAAGAGUGUUUUAGCCAAAAUCUGAAUUUAUACUUCCAAACAGAGGGCAUCAUACCUGAAUCCUCUUGUGUCUAUACCCCACAUAAGAACAGUUUAACUGAAAGAAAAAAUGGUCAUCUUUUAGAAGUCACUCGAUCAAUUUUAUUUCAGCAUCAUGUACCUAAAGUUUUUUGGGGGGAGGCUGUUCUAACAGCCACAUACCUCAUCAACCGAUUACUAUCCAGAACCUUAGGCUUCCUCAGCCCGUUAGAUUCAUUAGCCAAGUUUUUCCCAGACCAUCAACUUAAAACUAGGCUAGAACCUAAGACAUUUGGUUGUCUCUUUUGUUCACGUUCAUAAUCAAACCAAAGGCAAACUAGAACCGAGAUCACUUAAAUGUGUAUUUCUUGGUUAUGCUACCAAUCAAAAGGGGUACAAAUGUUACCACCCACCUUCUAGAUUUUUUUUUAUUUCAUUGGAUGUUACAUUUCAUGAAUCUGAUUCUUAUUUUAAAGAAUCUCCAUCCAGUGAUCAACAUCUAUUUUCUACAGCUCAUAUGGAUCAACACGUAGAUUCUUUACUCUCGUCUUCAGUUGGUAACCUGUUCAUUCCCAUUUCAGUCCCUGAAAUACCCAGUCUUAUAUUGAAUUCGCUUCCUGAAAACCUAAGGUUUGGGAAGGUUUACUCACGGCUCACCAAAAAUCCAAGAUUCUGAUCUGGCCUUAGAAAAUAUACAGCCAUUGACAUCUCCUUCAUCUGAUGAUCCUGCAGUCCUAUCUCAUUAUUCACUUCCCAUUACCCUGUGCAAACCUAUAAGGGAGUGUACAAAAACACCCUUGUACCCAGCUGCCAAUUUUUUGUCUUAUCACAGACUUUCUUCACCCUAUCAAUCAUUCCUUGCAUCCUUAGACACCAUUACCAUUCCAAAAAAUCUCUUGAAGGCUCUAUCCAAUCCUAAGUGGAAACAAGCCAUGGAUGAGGAGAUGAGAGCUCUUGCAAAAAAUCUGACAUGAGAUCUAGUGGAAUUACCACGAGAUAAAAAGACUGUUGGUUGCAAAUGGCUGUACACAGUGAAAUAUAAGUUGGAUGGUUCGAUUGAGAGGUAUACAGCCCGGCUGGUGGCUAAGGGUUAUAUCACAAGUAUAUGGAAUAGAUUAUCAAGAGACUUUUGCACCAGUGGCCAAAAUGAAUACAGUUCAUUUUUUACUGUCCUUAACAGGAAUUUUCAGCUAGAAUAUUCAACAAUUUGAUGUUAAAAAUGCAUUAUUGCAUGGUGAUUUGGUUGAAGAAGUCUACAUGACUCUUCCACCAAGAUAUGAGGGUAAUCAUUCAUCUAAUCUUGCUUGCAAGUUAAAGAAAUCCCUUUAUGGCCUCAAACAGUCUCAUAUGCAGUGAGUAUAUUGAGCCAAUUUAUGCAUCAACCUAAAGAGUGUCAUUUACAUGUUGCCUACCGAGUGCUACAGUAUUUGAAAAGCACACCAGGAAAAGGGGUUCUUUUUAAACGAAGUGGAAAAGUAGAGGUUGAGAUGUUUACAGAUGCUGAUUAUGCAGGCUCAACGAUUGAUCGAAGGUCAACCUCCAGUCAUCUUACUUUUGUUGGUGGCAACCUUGUCACUUGGAGGAGUAAAAAACAGAAUGUAGUUGCUCGAUCAAGUGCUGAGGCUGAACUUAGGGCACUUGCCCAAGGAAUAUGUGAGUUACUUUGGGUCAAGAACUUGUUUGACGAGUUACAAAUUCCUUUAUUCAGUCCUAUGAAGAUUUGUUGCGACAAUAAGUUAGCAAUCAAUCUAGUGCACAACCCAGUACAGUAUGACUGUACCAAACAUGUGGAGAUUGAUCGCCAUUUCAUCAAAGAGAAACUUGAGGCCAAUGUGAUUUGUAUAUCAUACAUUCCAACAAAUAAUCAGUUGGCAGAUAUGCUUACUAAAGGCAUCUCGGGGACACAACUGCAGAAGAUUAUUCCCAAGCUGGAAAUGGACGACAUCCAUUCACCAGCUUGAGGGGGAGUGUUGUCAAGAUGCACUUAAUUAACAUGUAUACCUUACAAGUUUACAUAUAUGUCCUCAUGUACCUUUCAUUUCGUGUUAUAUCAGUGUGUCUAGAACCUUCUAGGGAUCUGAUAUAAAUACUAGAUCCCGCUCUCCUUGUAAACUGUUUUUUGAUCAAUAAAGUUAGAGUUCUUCUUCCACGAGUGCUAGACGCCUAUCAGAGCUCCCAGACCAUGUGUUAUCUCGACUAUAAUCAUUAAAAUUCAACUUGCUCGGAGGAAGGAGAGACAGGGACAAAAUAUGGAAACUGUUAAAUUCUUACUGGAUUACAAUUUAUAGUUCCUUGGGGUGAAUGGUUUUCCUUCUAGCGGUUUAUUUGCUCAGACCUACUUUGACCAAAUAUACCAUCAUUCAUAUUUAAUGAACCUAUUGUUGAAAUCGGAGAAGGUAUUUAAGCUUUUAACGGUAUACAUAUUUGUUUUUGCUUUGGAGCUGGCUACAAUGUUUGAUGAUUGACGGAGUACAUUAUCAUAUGCGUAUAUAUCAUCCCUCUAAUGAAUCAUGGUUCCUGGAAAUCAAGUGUUACCUAUGCCUGUUUCUUGGAGAGAUCUGACUACAUUCCUUUUCCUUCUUUCAUAGACUCUUAUUUUUCAAUGUUCCCCUGUGUUUGCCUCUUGUUAUGUAAGAACAACCUUUUUGAUAAAUAUUUACUGUUCUCAAAAGUUCAAGUUGAAUUUUAUCCUCAUUUGGAUUUCUCUUGGGUGUAUACGGGGGAGGUGGAUGGUUUCUAGUGCUGAGAUGGGGUUUCAGGAGGGAUCCAAGCUCUGAAGUUGCACCAUCAACUACAGGAACUAUUCUGAAAUUUUGUGGAUGUAUGUGUGAAAUGCAAAGACGAGUUUUUGGCAAUGUCUGAGAUGUUUUAGUCUCAAUUUCAUUUGUGCGAAACUUGAGACAGCUUUAAAAUCGCUUGUUGGGAUUUCUGGUGUGGGUAAGAGUACCCAGGCAGUUCUCGGUAGUUUAGACUGAGGUAUGACCAAUUGUUUCUAAGGAAGAUCUAUUCAUUUGAAUAAAAAUAACUCAUCUAGUGCUACACAGCUAAGAAGUAAAGAUCAACAUUAGAGGAUAUUAUAUUUCGCUGGAAACUGAAAGGUCAUUUGCAUUUUAAUAUUUCUUGACGUUCCCUUCCACAAACAUGCAUAGAAAUGGCUUUUUGUUGUUGGCAUUGUAUAAUUUCCACCUGUUGAUUACUAAAUUAGUUGACAGAUUUGGUCAAUCGUUUUCUUCACUUAAUUAUUUUAUAGUCGCAUUUUAUGUUAUCAGGGAUAAACUUUCAAAUGAUUAUAGGUGGUCAAUGAUGGCGACAUGAACCUAUGGCGAGCAUUGGGAAUAAACUCUUGGCCUACGUUUGUAAUGGUUAGCCCUGAUGGUAAACUCCUUGCGCAAAUAGCUGGGGAAGGACAACGAAAGGUAAUUAGUAUCUUUAAAGGGUGGAUUCUUCAUUUUGUAGACAGUCACCAAAUAAAUAUAGUCUUGCCCAUUCGAUGGUAUAUUGGUUAUUACAUGAUAUAUGAGGACUAUUCUUUAUCUUAUGCUCUCUUGAUGUGCACCUCGGAUUAUAUUUCUGCAUGUAUUUCUACAUUUUACCUCAUAGUUUCUUGCUGGCUCGAAACCAACUCAUUACAGUCAUCAGACAUAAUAAAUAAAAUAAAAUUCUGAUAGAAUCUCUCGGUUCACUCUGAAAUUCCAUGUAUAAAACCUGAAAUUAUUUCUUACUGAAGUUGCGUGAAUUUUUGCAAACUGAUGAUUCUUUGUCAACAAGUGAAAGCUUACAACCCAGCUUAGUGUAACUAUAUUGAAAUCUUGGCAUUUUAUUGCUAAGGGCGAACAUAAUGUGAUUCGUUAUGCAUCUGAAAAUCGUGGACAAAGUAAUCAUGUAACAAUCUGAUUCAUUGCCCAUGGAAUUUAAUCCGGAAAAUCUUAAGCCUCGGAUAUAAUAUUCCGUGCUGAUGUGUGAACUCAAAGUUUGGAGGCUGUACGUUUUUCUUUAUGGAAGUAGAGUUCCAUGAAGUGACUGAUGAGUAGCAGUAACCAUGGAAGUUUAUUGCAGAAAGCACUGUAACAUCCAACGAACAGGCAAGGGAUGACAUCCAGCAUGCUAUGAUAAAUCCUAUUGAUUUGAAAAUACUUAUUGACAACUCGUAAUGAUAAUGCAUAGCCUAAGAUGUCACGUUUACAGACCAAAAGCUGCUUGUACGUCAAAUACUAAAUGGGCAAAAGUUGAUAGUGAAGUGUGGACUCAAAAGGAAAAGGAGGAUUAUACGGACUAGUUGAUGUUGGUACAAUAAAGCUAUGCUUUUUCUGUCUUUUUAGUUGAGCAUUGUACAUUUUGAUAAUCAUUUGUGUGGUACUGAAUGCAAGAAAAAUGGAUGAUGUUAUAAUUCUUUAAGUAAAUUUGGUAAAAAAUCUGUAUACGAUGUAUUCUGUUUUGCUAGACAUCAUAUGCAGUGAAACUUAAACAUCAGUAUAAAGUAGAUGGCUGUUAGUAAUUGUGACCUUGCUUUUAUUGAAAUUUAGUAAACUCUGUGAUUGGUUAUUGUAACUUCUUCUCAUUCUACCAUGCCCUUGACUUCAGUAGAAGGAGUCUCAUCUAUCAUCCAAAUUGGAUUUGUUGGUCUGUUCCAUAUAAUGUGACAAGUGGUUGAGCCUUUGUAUCAUUGAAUCGUUUUCUCUAUGGGUGGUUCGUUACAUAAUGGCUCUUCGUUCUUCACUUUGCUAAUAUUGUUAUUGCCAUGGAUUAGCGUGAUCAUCAAUGUUUCUUAAUGUGAACUUGCUUUUUCUGCAGAACCUUGAUAAUUUAGUGGAAGCCGCUCUUCAGUUUUAUGGUGAAAAGAAAGUGUUGAACAGUAGUCCUCUCCCAUUGUCUCUUGAGAAAGACAAGGACAACAGAUUGUUGCAGUCGGCACUUAAAUUUCCUGCAAAACUUGCAGUUGAUCUCCUAAACAACAGGCUGUUCAUUUCUGACAGCAACCACAAUCGCAUAGUGAGUAGCUUUUGAUCAUUAUAAGAUAUCCUUUAAACAUAAAUUCAUAUCCAUAAUUCAGUAGGAUACAAUAAACUUUAAUAGUAUUAUUCCUAUUGGAAUAGGUGGUCACUGACUUGGAUGGAAAUUUUAUUCUCCAAGUUGGGAGUACUGGUGAGGAAGGCUUACAAGAUGGCUCUUUUGAUGUUGCUUGUUUCAACCGUCCACAGGUUAGUAACUUAAUUUUAUGUGUUGUACAAUUAAUCGGCUUAUGUCCCUUAAUAACAGACGCAUUUCGUCUCAUCAUAUAUCCUAGAACGUAAUAAAAUGUGUCCAUAAAGACAAUUUUUUUAUGUAUUGUGACAGUUUUAAUUUUUAUAAUUGUGUGUUGGUCUAUUUCCACUCAAUGUUGACAGGUGUUAGAUAACUUCGUUUUUCUACAUUCAAACCCCUCAUAAGAUUUAGGAUCAUUUAAGUGGCAUAAGUCUGCGUUAUUAUGUUUGUUUCUUUAAGAUUUAGGAUCCGACUUACUUUUAGUUGUGAUAAGUUGAAUCCCGUUAGGAUAGUUUUUACUUUAUUAGGUUAUUUGACACGAAAUCAGACAACCUUGUUCAGUUUCAAACACAAAAAUGUUUCUUAGGUUCUCCAUGCUCUCCCUGACGUCAACUCCUUUGUUUUUGUAAGAGAUUCAUAGUACAUUAAUCUAAAAUUGGUCGGGAUCCUAUGCUGACAAGAUAAAGGAAGCAGGAGCUCCCUAUUAAUUUCCUGAUCUAUUUUGAAAUUAUUUUUUUUGUUUUCUUCACAUCUAUGCCACUAAUUUGCUGACUUGAGGUUGUUGGUACCUUCCAUCACAUUCCUGAGUUAGAACUAUUGUGACCUUGCUGCGCUCAUCAUUUUAUAGCCUUUCUGUAAUCUUUAUUCUCAACAGUUCCUUCAAGCUGGUGGUGCAUAUCUCAUUCUUUCAUAGACGCCUUGAAACUUUGUUGAAUAUUCUGUGAGUUUUUACCUAGGAUCUAUCCUUCUUGAUGUUGAAAAACUGAGUGGAGAUCUGAAUGAGCACUUCACAUAGUCCAACUGCCGGUCAGGAUGACGACGCUGCCAAUGGGGGACUUCAAUGUUAUGUUGAGGAUUCAGGAAGGAAUGAAGUUGGGGGUGUUCAAGUUGUGAAGGGUUGGGGGGGGGGGGUCUUAUGAUUUUAUCGCCACUGCAGUUCUUGUUGAUACAUUGCCAAUGUUCCUUGCUUUAGCCCACUUUCAUAGAUUAGCAGCUAUCUAUUUUUCUGACUACUUUCUAUUCAUAGCAUAUUUUGCUAAAGAUUAGUUGAGGACGUAAAAAAAGCUCAUAUUUGUUUUGAUAAAUAGUGGCUAUAUGAGGAAGACUGUUACGUAUUCCUUAGGAGGUUUUGGCCUACAAUACUGGAGAUUCAUUGGCAGUGACUAUUUUGAUGAAGUUGGAAUGGUUAGGUCAUCAUCUAUCUUAAUGGCGGGAUAGCUAGCUCCCCCUUGGGAAGAACGUGAAGAGCAAUGCUCUUCAGAAGUUGUAUGCUCUGGGGGGAUUUAAUCCACUUGAGAAAGCUUGUUUGCUUUACUAUAGUGGCAUGCAUAAUAGGGAGAGCUGUCACUAUAAGGGGGGUAUUCUUUCGGCAACAAAGGGACAACAAUAGGCAUUUCAUAGGAUUGCGUUAGUGACACUAUUCUCUUUCUAUUUAAAGAGGCACACUAGUGGAUGGUGGGAGAAUUAAAAGGACACAAUACCGCUCUUCCUUCAUGGAAAAUAUGAAUUUUUUCUGCACUUAUGUCCUGCAUAUCUAUUCGGAGAGAUGAGUGCUUAAUUUUACUUUUUAUAUCUAUUCGGAGAUCUAAUGAUGAUUAGCAUUUGUUAUAGGGCUUAGCUUACAAUCCAAAGAAAAAUACACUGUAUGUUGCAGACACAGAGAACCAUGCUUUAAGGUACAUGUGCCCAACUUUUCAUCUAUUAUGGCCAUUUUUAUGUAGCUUUGUACCACUUAAAAAGCAGUUUUAAUAUUUUUUUUGAAUUUUUAAGAGUAAAUGAAUUACCUGAUCUUGAUGGUUUUGAUGAACAACUUCUUUGCUUAUCAUCUAUCGGUGUCAAGGCCAGGUCUCUCCGUUUUUUCAUUUUAUUACUGACGUUCUACCAGAAUAGAGUCCAUAUGUAGUCCUAUCCUCUUCUCUUCAUCCCUUCACUCUCUUUCAUCCCCCCUCCAAACUUCUGUCCCUCUCUAUCCUCUCUCCCUCCCUGCCUCCUCCUAUGUCAGUUUCAGUAAGAGUAUUGGCACUAUGCUUUAGGUAGCACAUGAGUUGCGCAGGUGUUGGCAUGGGGCCAGGCAGGUCCAAGAAAUAUGAUCAACCGUUGACUGGACGGACUUCAGGCAUUUCGUUUGAUACUUGGGCUAGGUCUGGGAUUCAGUCAGGCCUAGCCCUAGAUAUAAAUAAAUUAGUGAAGAAAGGAAUUAUUCUUCUAUGCUUAACUAAAGUAACUUGUACAAUAUCUAUAUAUAUAUAUAGUAUAGAUAGAUAUAUGAGGCUUUCUCUCCUACUAAGUCCUAAAAAAUAGGAAGAAAAUGGACAAGGAAAAUUGAUGUAUUUAGGAAGGCAUCUUUGAAAAUAUCUGAUGAUUUUUAUCACUCACUCAAGUUGGUGAGUGGAGAUCUUCUAUUCCCAACUUGUUAGCUGCAUGAAAUCAUGCAACACGUAGUUUGUUAGUUAGGUUAUCUACGAAUUGGUCUUAUAAUAGCACAAAUGGAUUGUUAAGCAGCUCACUUUUUAAGCUUCUUUUUUAUGAACUGUCUGUCAAUCUCUAUAUGCUUAAUUCGAUUAUGUUAGACUAGACUAUGUACAAUUCUGAUUGUAGAUUUGUCAUCAUAAUACAGCUUUGUAGGCCCAAAUCUUGCAAUCCUGAAGUCAUCUAGGAUUACUUUUGACAACAAUAACUCACAUACUCUAUGAGCCAUGGCCCUGAAUUCAGAUUCAGCUCUUGAUCUGGGAGUGACAUUCUUUUUUGCUCUUUCAUGUCACAAGAUAUUUCAGGAGCGUGCAAUAAGUUUUAAUGGACUUUGUAUCAACCAGUCAUCCUUCAUUGUCUGUAUCUCUAUAAAUUACAGUCCUCUCCUUUCUGUGCCUUUUGAGGUCUUGAAGUAUUCUAUGAGCUACUCGCAAAUGCUCUUUAGGAUUAUGCAACAAUUGUCUUGCUACACAGGCACUAUAGGCUAUAUCUGACCUGUGUGAUAAGUAAAUUAGUUUCAUAGAAGUCUUUGAUAGCUUCUUUCAUCGACAGCAUUUUUUUUUUCUUUCCUAAACCUAUUGUUUUGUUCAAUAGGAGUGUUUGUCGAUUGUUCUCUAGCUUUUCAAUCUCCUUGAGUAAAUCUGAAAUGCAUUUUCUUUAAGAAAUGAAUAUUCCGUAAGGAAGCAUUUUGAAAUUUGCCAACCCUUUAAUUUCCAAUUCAUCAGCUAAGAAACCUAUUAAAUUCUUCGUUAAAUUUUGAUAAUUUAUAGUAAUAUAUCAUUAAAAUUAACAAGGAUAAUGAUCACAUUACCUCCAUUGGCAUAGUUGAUAAACAGUGUAUGUUCCUUUUCAGUUCACCUAUAUCACAUAUAUUUUGUAAGGCAGAAAAGCCAUGGUCAAGGUAAUUGCUUUCACCGUAUAAAAUACUUUCUUUAGUUGACUCCUAUUUUUUGAUCCGAGUUUUUUGUCAAAACCAAGUAGAAUCUUCAUGAAGACUUCUUCUUCCAAAUCCUUGUGAAGGAAAGCAUUCUUCACAUUAAGUUGUUGUGAAUUCCAGCCAAACUCUCUUGAUAUAGAUAAUAAGUCCUGCACAGUAUUCAUCUUUUCCCAUUGGUGCAGAAGUUUCAACAUAAUCUGUUCUGUUUGUUUGAGCAUAAUCUUUUGCGAGUAGUCUUGUCUUGUGGCUUCCUGAAGUAUAACUAGCUUUAUACUUUAGAAUGCAACCUAUUUACCUCUCAUAAUUUUCUUGUCUUUAGGCUGAGAAACAAUCUCCUCAGUCUGAAUUUUUUUCUAGUACAUUCAUCUUCUCUUCCAUGGCUCGUGUCCAAUUUUUUAUUGCUUAAAACAUCUAUAAUUGUUUUUGGUACAUCAGUAGAAUUUAGUGCAACAAAGUCCUCAUGCUGAGAAGACAAUCGAUCAAAAGGCACAAAAUCAAUUUUAGGAUAUUGAGUUUCCUUAUGAUUCCUUUUCUCACUGCAAUGGGAAGGCCAAGAUCAGAUUGUUCAUUACGUGUCAAGAGUGUUAUUUCUCUGCCUGAAUUUGGUUUAGAUUUAAGAGUUCGUCCUUGGGCUAGAUUGAGUUUGUACAUGCUUUGAAUAAACUUUCUAUUUCCUAGUUUGUUGAAUAGAGUGUGUCUGAUACUGUUCGAAACCUUUUUGUUUUUUUACAUUGAAUGAGUCAUUCUCGGUUUUUCUAUUCGAGAGUUUUUUUUUUCUCAAAAUAUUCAACUAGGCUAAAUUUGAAUAAUUCUUACCAACACAUUAAAUUGUUCUCUUUCCUGAACUGAUGAUAUUUUCUGAGAGCACCGAAAAUUGUGGGAGAGAUAACACACGCCAGGAAAAAUCCAGGAGCGGAAGAUGCAUAUCCUCUUAGUAGGAGAAAGCCAGGAACGCCAGAAGAAACAAACAAGAACGAUACUUUCAGAUAGGAACGAUGGUACUAUCUAGUACUAAGAGGAACUGCUGAAACCCUAGUUCAAAUUGUGUGCAGAGCUUUCUCCUAGUCUAUGUUCCAACUAGGGUUAGAAAUAUCCAUAUGUGGAUUCAGUGGUGUAGGUUUGGGGCCAUAAAUGAAUCUACAUACAAGUUUUUCCGACCCAAGAUAGAUCUGCGACUUAAUGGGUUAGAAGGCAUGACUGGUGGACUCAACUAACUUUAAUUGAAGAAAGGUAUUAACUGGUUCUCAACACUCCCCAUCAAGAAAAGCGUACAUAUAACACAUGCAUAGCUUGUAUAGUGAAAAAUUUAGCUUGCCACAUGUGAGGCCCUAAGUGACAUUGAUAGGUCGAUUUUCUAAAUGAACAUAAGGAAUACACAGAUCUCCAAAGUCAAGUUUCUCCUUGAUAAAGUGUCGGUCUAUCUCAGUAUCUUUGGUCAAUAUGUAGUCAAACUAAAAUUAAUGUGAGUUCAUUUAUAUUGUGUAAAUUUGAGUUCAUUUAUCUGGUCCUAGGCCAUGGCUUUAUUUUGUGUUUGAGUUCUAAAUCUUGUCAUAAUUAGUUGUUUCUUGCUUCCCCAUGUCAUUAGAUUUGCACCAAGGUAUCUGUAAUAACUUAUAAUAGAUCCCCAAUCAUCAUGACAUUCAGUUCAAUCUACAUCUACAUAGCCCUUGUUACGUAAGUCUUGAGACUUAAAGAGUAUAAUAUCUCCUGUUAGAUUUGAUUUAAGGUACCAUAGAAUCCGACCAACAGACUUCAUUUGUAAGUCUUUUUGCGAGUGAAGAAAUUUACUAAUGGUACUCGCGACAUAACUAAUAUCAAGUAUAGUCAAAGUUAAAUAUAUAAGGUUCCCAAGGUCUUUCAUAUAUGUCUUUAUCAACAUCAGAAGAAGUGCACCUUCUUAUUCAUGCAACAGAUAAUUCAUUUCAGAGAGAUUUUAAAUAAAUCUGUACACGAGUUUACUAGUUUCUUGCAAUGGAUCCUAUGCAUAUUUUCUUUGACAUAUGUUGAUACCUUUGCUUGAUUUCAGAACAUAAAUGCCAGAAAAUUGGUUCGAGGUUACUAAGAUUUUUUAUUUCAAAUUCUUUAGGAAGUAUGACCUUUAAAUUUGGUUAUCUUUGUCAUCAUCACUUACGAUCACCAUAUCAACAAGACAAACAAUUAAAAUACAAAGUUUUCCUACUUAAUAUUUGGAAUCAAAGUAUGAUCCGCUUUGCUUGGUUUAUAUUCAAAAGUAAUCAUGAUCUUUCUACAUUUGUCAAAUGUUGUCUGUAAAAAUUGCUUUUAGUCAUAUGAAGCUUUCUUCAACUUGCAUACUUUUGCUUGGAUAUUUUUACAUGGAGGACACUAUAUAUUCUCUCUUCAAAGUUUUCAUCAAAGAAGACGUGUUUGAUAUCAAAUUAGUGGAGAUUACAUUAAAAUUCUGCAGCUAGUGAAAAUAACUAAUAAAUUUGAGUUUUGCCAUGGGAGAAAAGAUUUCCUUAAAGUCAAUGCCAUAUGUUUAUGUAAUGCAUUUGCUAGUAGUUUUGUCUUAUACUUAUCAGUGGUUACUUUUGCUUUAUAUUUUGUUGGAGGUUCUAGGUCGUAGGGAAAUAAUGUAAUUAGUUGAGGUGUUUUCGUAAAAGUUGUGUAUCAUUACUCCGUAUAUAAUGGGGGUUACAGUUGAAUAAAUCUUGAGGUGGUUUCCGCCAAUCUCCCCUCUGUCCUUUGUGACGAGGUUUUCUCUCUCUAUUUCCAACAUUUGAUAGUAAAUAUACCCAUUUAGAGACAACAAAAACUAAUUUCUUUCCAGAAAAAAAUACAAAAUCUUACUUUUUAAGGCCCUCAUUUCCUCAUUCAUCACAUGUAACCACUUUAGAUUCUUCAUGCCUUUGGAUGUACUAAAGGUUCAGAGUGGCUGGGAGUUCGGGCUUGUGCAGAGUUAGGGAUGAAAAUAUUCGCGUUAAGAGUCAAGAGGGACGCUUAUGGGAAUCCCGCAGUUGUCUUCAAUAGUCAUGAACUGGGACUGGAAGAGCUUGCUUGCUUUCAUUGUGUGAAACCUACUGGCUAUCUGUCCCUCAGAAAGGACCAGAGAAAUAUUUAUUGCAUGAAGAAAAUAAUAGAUUAGAGUACUGCGUGGCUCAGUUGUAGCAACAAUCCAUUUCCAUCAGCUCUGUAUGAGAAAAGAAUGGAGAGGCGGAAUAUGAUCUCUCAAUUAAAAAGGGGGUUGGAUUUCUUUACACAGUCCCUGGCAGAUUGUGUCCUAUCUCUGAUGGCUCUUUUUGUAACAGUGGGUUGCGGAUUGUAUUUUCUUAUCUUCCGUCUGUUUUCCCUUGCUUUGGAGGGCUAAUGGUAACAUAUUUUCAGCUCCCACUUCCUGCCUUGCUAUUUCAUAUCAUACUACCUCUACUGUCUAUAUGCCCUUGAUCCCAUGAGUUGGGCUGGAUGUCAACCAUUCCUGGUUUCUCUUCUCUUUUCUUGCAUCUUUAAAAUGUUAGAUUGUACAAAAAGGGAUCACUAUAGUUACAAGGGAAAUUCCAUCCUUGUAAUUAUUAUCUCCUGUGGAUAGGGAAUACAAUUUUUUAUGGGAAAAUAACCUGAAAAGGCAUUUUGAUCAGGCAUACCAAAUUUUCCUUGCCAAAUUAUAAAUACUAGGUUAUGGUCCUAGAUUUUGCAAUUUAGAAAUGUAGCUACUAUUUAUAAAGGAAGUAAUCUUUUGCUUAAAAAAGGGUCACAUUGCACUGGAUGUUUUGCAAAUGGAUAGCUUCUCUUAGAUUUUACUGUAUGUUUCUUGGUGACAUGUGACCUUGUCAAUUCGUAAAAGAGAAAUUUCUUGUUGAUCACCAAUAAAAUAGUUGUAAGUACCACCUCUCUCAGAAACCGGAUUUAAAGGGCCUAUUUAUUUAUUUUUAUAUGCAUGAAUAUCUUUUUCUUUUUUUUCUUAGAUAUACCAUUUCACCAGCAGGGCACAAACAUAAGUUCCAUUGCAUCUUUCCGGCAGGAUGAUGUUAACUCAAAAUAGGCAUCAAUGUGAACUUGGCCUCUAGUUAAUUGGUACUUGUUUGUCAAAAUAAGCAUUAAUCCUUAAUUAAUGGAUAACUUCAUUACUUGAAUGUUGUCUUUGAUAGACCUUGUAAAGAGACAUCAUUCAUUUUUUAUACCAUUUUCGAGUUUCUUGAAUAGAUAAGCCUUGUUUUUAUUGCAAUGUACUCACCAAAUAAUUAUUGAGUGUUUUCUUUUUAUUAAACGAGCACAUGAAUUUAUAGAAAGGCUUAAAGGAGUAUCCAGUUUAUUUAUAUCACUGUUUAGAUUAGGACAUUGAAAAUGGAUCUUUUCUUAUAAGCCUUAUAAGUUAAAUAAUAUCCCGUGAAUUUCGAUCAUAUUGAUUUAUUUUUUUAAUUAGUAGCCCCUGAUAUAUUGACCACACAAUGAAGUGUUAUACAUCCAAGGUGAGUGGGAAGAUUUGAGGAAUUAAUCUUAGCCAUCAUUGUAUGGCGUAUUUGUUCUAUUUUUAAGUUGUAACAAAGGCUGUGCUCAUAAUGAAAGUCAUCUUCCGUUCGUGUUUUCUUUUUUCAGUUUUAUUAUUGGCACUGCUGUGUCUGUCCUGUAGAUUUAUCUUGCUCAGUUUGCCAUCGGCCCAUUGGCUAGUCUGUCACAUACACCUCUGCAUCAGUGACAAUUGAUCCUUUCCUUAUGUAGGGAAAUAGAUUUUGUGGACGAGUCAGUGAGGACUCUUGCUGGUAAUGGAACAAAAGGCUCUGACUAUAAGGGGGGUAGAACAGGGAGCUCUCAGGUAAGGAUCAUUGGAAAAAACAACUUUCUUGCAUAAGACUUAACUUAAGGUUGAGCAUUCCUUCUCUCCGCGAAGCUAGUUGUAUGAUUUUUUACGGAACUAUUGUACCUUUUUUGCAUUGGAUCAUCUCAGUUGAGAAUGUGAUUGAUUUAAAUUUUUGUGUCUUUAAGAUGCAUAGUAUAAUGCAAUCUCAGUGCGCUGUAAAGUAAUUCACUUUUUUGAGGUAAGGACACUUUGGAAAGUCAUCUCUCUGGCUUGAGGCGCACUCUUCGUAAUUUUCUUAAAGCUAGUUGUAUAUUUUUUAUGCAAAAAGGUCUCAUUUCUUGAUAGAGUAAUCUCUGGUCAUUUUAUGAUACAUUUUUGGUUUUUUUCAAUCUUCAAAUUUAGAUUAUGUCACUAUCACAAUGCGCUGUCAAUCUGAUUUAUUUCUCUUCUUAGGUGCUGAACUCUCCAUGGGAUGUCUGCUUUAACCCAUCAAAUGAAAUUGUUUACAUUGCCUUAGCUGGACAACAUCAAAUUUGGGAGCACAACACAUCAACUAGUGUUACUAAAGCUAUCAGUGGUGAUGGUUUUGAAAGAAAUUUGAAUGGCUCAAGGUACCAUGCCUUGAUGUUGUCAAAUCUAGGGCCUACGGUUCUCAUGAGCCGUUCAAGUUUCAUCUGUACUCUACAUUGCUACUUUGUGUUCUUCUUCUAUUGUGGACGUGUGAUAUGAUGCAUAACCUUAGUCUAUUUUUCAUCUUACUCAAUAUCAAUUAUUUAUCCUUCAUUUUCCUGUUUAGUUUCAAUUACAAAUGGCUCUUUCAUGCCUUCUUCACAUAUGAGUACCAGUCUGAUUCUGUAGUCUCACAUAUGGGUGACACUAUUUCAGUUUUUUUUUUGUUUUCUUCAAAGGAGAAAGACUACUUAUUGCAAUGCAUGUAAGCUGAUCUUUUAAUUAGUCAUACUGUGUGAUUCUCGUGGUGCUUUACAGUAUCUGUGUGGUUAUUAGUUGAAGCUUUUGGUAAUCUAAUCAAAGGGAAGAUAUGCUACAAAACUUUGCUUGCCCAUGUUGGGCAUGUUUUCUAUGUUAAAGGUCAUCCACAAUGACUAAUGACUUAUUCCCAAGUAAUUGAUUGCAUUCUAUUGCACUGCUAUCCAGAGUUAAAAGUUUGGGGAAAAAACUUUAUUGGAUAGGGAAAAAGCUCAAAGAGCCAAGAAAUUCACUGAAGCGAAAAAAGGUGGUACUGAUUGGGAGUUACAGAUGUUGUAUAACCUUGAAACCUUGAUAAAAUGAAACAAAUACCAUAUAGAUUAUUGCCUAUCAAGGGCAAUAUCUUCUAGUAAUAAAAUCAAAAUUACAAGUGGAAAGGACUAAUUUUAAACUGUAGGUUGCUGAACUAUUACCUGCUGGGGUGCCUUCAUAUUUCUUUUUCUUCUUAACUUUGAGAAUUUAUGAUUUAUAAAUAUAUUGAGCUGCGUAAUCAUCUAGAUUAAUGCCUAAUGUUGAGUUGCAUAAUCAUCUACAUCAGUACCCUCCAUAUGAAGAAGGCUUGACAUUUUUGCUCGGUCUAUAGUUGGUCCAUACAUGAAUCUACAAUGUUGAAAGCCUAGGAAAUAUUGAUUUAGUGUCAACCACGUAUGCUUGUGAUCCAAUCUUCAAUGGCUUCAACUUGCUAUAAGUACCUUCCGGGAACCUGUCCUCUUUAAAAACGAUGUCACAUCAUCACUGCAUAUUCUGGUGUCCUUAUUUUCAUCAGGGUUAUAUUUACGUGUAUCUUAAUAAACGUGUAUCUUAUGUUUAGCAAUCUCUGAAGGGUGACCGUGAUUUGUUAUUUUUGUCACCCAGUGACAUGAAGAGUAAUAUCCUUAAUAAUGCAUUACUCUACUGUUAAGAAAUCUAGAAUGUUCUUGCCUUUCGUUGAAUAUUACUUUUUAUUGUCAUAGUAGCUUAAUGAGCACUUCAUUCGCCCAAAAUGGUUGUUACUUCUUCCUUCAAUCGGGCAUGCAUUUUAUUAAUUUAAAUAGAUGAAGAACGAUCCAGGAUUUGUAUUUGAAGAACAUUAAUGAAACUUGGAAAUCUUAAAGCUUGAUGAAUACAUCAUGCUAGAUUAUUGUCAAAGUUUUGAUUGUCUUGCCAGAAUUCUGAAUAUCUGUACCUCAAAAUGCAGUUCUACAAACACUUCAUUUGCUCAGCCUUCUGGAAUAUCAUUAUCUCCUGGUAACAAAUAAUCUACUGAUUGGUCGCUUUAUUCUCUCUUCCUUAUUAAUCUAGAUGUAAUGUCAUUUAACGUCUACUACUUGAACAGAUAUGCUAGAGGUGUAUGUGGCUGACAGUGAAAGUAGCUCUAUCCGUGUGCUUGACCUGAAAACUGGGGGCUCAAGGUUGCUGGCUGGGGGUGAUUCAGUCUUUUCCGAGAAUUUAUUUAGGGUAUCUCCUCUUGUAAUCAUCAUUAUCAUUUCAGAGUGCUUUCAUAUCUGAAAGAUAUACAUUGAUUUUCAUCUAUUGCCACUUUCUUGGGUAAAAUUCUUCUGCAGUUCGGUGAUCAUGAUGGAAUAGGUGCCGAUGUCCUUUUCCAGCAUCCAUUAGGCGUCUUCUGUGGAAAAGAUGGUCAGAUUUACAUAGCAGAUUCGUAUAACCACAAGGUACUGGUUAUUUUGGAUUAAGCAUUACAUCACUAUACUCAUCCAUUUCUACCAUCGUCCAAACACUCAAAAAUACUCUGUAAUCGAGGGAAUAACCUUUGUUCGCUCAUCUGUCUUCAUGUGAAUUUAUUAGCCAUGCUAAAAAUUUCAUUUGUAUAAAUAUCUAUAUUUUAAAUUUCAUUUAUGUACGAUAUUGAAUAUAGUUAACUUUUAUAUUCUAGCUCAUUAAUAAAAAGCCUUUUCCACUCACUCAUUAGAGAAACAUUUUUUAGCAGACGAGAUGGUGAUGCCUUAUGAAAGACACAUUCUACAGGGAAUGUAGUGGAGUUUAUGAGAGCAUGUAAAUUAUUUUUCCCCAUUUGAUCCUUUUAUAACUUCUAAGGGGCAUAUCUUUCAUAGGAAAAGUUACUUUCGUAAAGAAACAACAGAAUGCUUAGGGCAGAACCUAAAAUGUCCAGACAAGGUCCCAUGCUUAUUACUUUUUUUAUGGUCUGUUUUCUACUCAUGGUUUAUUUUUUAUGGAAUAUUUAUAUGAAAGUACUGAUUCUCAGUUGGCCUAACAGGUUUCUAUGACCUCGACAUUUCUGCUUUUUUAAUAUCUAAAACAAGAAAUGUAUUUAUGUCUCGCAUUACUUGAUUUUUGUUGAGUAUUCGGUGGAUGACUACUGUUUUUAAAUGGACAGAUAAAAAAACUUGACCCAGUUAGCAAAAGAGUGGUCACAAUAGCAGGGACAGGUAAUGCUGGUUUCAAGGAUGGAGCAGCCCUAUCAGCCCAGGUUUAGUCCAAUUUUUUCUUUUUUUUUUCUAUUUUCUGCAACAUUGAAUGAUUGCUUUUGAAAUAACUCUUUCCUGUUUUACACAUUACCCUGAGUUCAUAGCUCCAUCCUCUCAAUUGUGUAGCAAAGAAUUUCCUCUCAUUUCCUCUAAUCUCACUUCAACGGAAAAAAAUAAUUGGUGACCAAAGACAGUAAUACCUAUCACACACAAAAGCGGAACCACCUCACUCACAAUACACAAUUCCUAGUUUACUAACUGAUAGACAAAAAAGUUUGCCAACUAAUCUUUGAUUACCCUUAGUAUUAUGAAGAACGUUCUCGGUAUUAAUAGCAUUGGAUACUAUCCACAGGCUAAGCUGCUUACUUUUUCUAGUAGUUCUGUGGCAUAUUUCCUUUGGGAAAAGACAUUUACUUUCAACACUACAAUCUCAGUGCCUCAGAAAAACUUGAGCUGACCAAGAUCCUUCAUCUCAAAUGCAUUUGUUAAGUUCCUCAUCAGGUUCUUAAUCCCUUUGAUAUUUUCCCAUAUAGUUAUCAUGUCAUCAACAUAUACUUGGAGAAUCACUUAGUAUCUUUUUAUUUAACUAACACUAUAUUGCUUACUCUACCCAAAUCUGAUUAUAGUAACGUCAAAUCUAGAGAACCUAGCCCAUGGUGGAUGACUUAGGUAUGAUCAUGCGUUGGGGCGGCCUUUCUAUUAUUUUCUUACUCUUACCAUGAAUAAAUUUUCCUUAAGCUCCUCGUCAAAGAGCGUCUCGAAUGUCUCUGGCUCUUCCCUACUGGAGUUAAGACCUUCACAGUGGAUAGCUCGGAACCAGUCGAUUCCUGAGCCAUUCGUUCUCCCGUCAACCUCUCGGUUGGCCUUUGCCAGCCCUUCCACGUAAGGAAGAGAACUGCCAGUGAAUGAACUUGAAGAACCGAAGAUUUUUACCGGUUCCUUAGAAAAGCUAUCAUUAUAAUUUAGUGUAUGUGCCCAGAAGAGUACCAUAAUGAAUUCCCUGACUUUUUCUGUGUGGAAUUGAACAAAAAAAAUAGAUCAACUCCAAGACAUUAUUUUUAUGGAUUUUAGUAAUGAACUUUUUUUUGAAAAAUAAUUUAGGAGUCCUAUUUAUGCGAGCUUUUAUCUUACAUAGACUACCAAGUACAUGAAGUAGAGGUGAAAAUAACAGUCAGCGUUGAAAGCAAUGAUUUAUAGGAAGCUUACUGCCAUAAUUUUGUUUACGCUCUUGGGGAAAAGCAUCAGCAAAAUGUACUUCAACUGGAAGCCUUUUAAAGAAAUGAUGCUGAAAAAGAAGAGCACGGGUGAUAACCUUUUGAGUACCUUUUCUAGGUGAAGGGCUGGAGGUGGUCCUGCUUAAUUGUGAAAGAAUCAUAUGUAAGCAACAAUGUUUGGUUAUGAGAAGUACAUACCUCAGCUCAAAGAAGAGAUGGAAAAAGGAACUCCUAAAUUAUGAGUUAUUUUAAUGUUCUCUUUAACUGUUUGUCCUUGAAGAUCUUGCCCUUUUUUGUAAGGAUACCUCUCCCAACACCUGUCUACAUUGUGGUUCUCCUUGCCACAGUGUGUACAUCCUGCCAUCGUUAUUAUUUCCCAUGCCUGAAUUGUUUCUCUUUUUUCUCCUUUAAAGUGCUUAUGCUAGUCUAAAUAUUUAUUGCUGAUGCAAACACUAGGAGAUAGAAUAUGCAGCAGAAAAUCUCUCUUCAUAUUCACAUCGUAAGUGACUGCUACAUACAAGUGCCAGGGCCACAAAACAAGGAAACUACCUAACUAGGAAACCGAAAAAUAGGAAACGAACAAGGUAUACCUGGAAAUGGUCCAGCUGAGAACCGAACUCCUAAAUAUUUGUUCUUUCCCACAUUUGUUCUGAGCAAUGCUUCCACUAAUUGAACCUUCAUUCAUGGUUUUUCACUUUCCUCUAUCGGGUCAUUGAAAUAUUCGUAUCCUAGAGUUGAUUCUGUGAUGAAAUAUGAGAAUCUGACACCUCAACACCAAAUAGCUAGGGUUCCUACUUUUAAAUUUCUCAUCAUACUAGAAAUCUUGGAGCUUUUCUAUUAUCCUUUUCUAGUUGCAUGUUAUAAUCCUUUAGAAAAUCAAUCAUGUGUCUCCAAUUAGCCAAAUGCUGGAAGAAUUUCUUUUUCUCCUUUCCUAUUCAACCUAUUUUCUCUUAAUUAAAAAAAAAUCCUCUUUUUUUCUCUUGUAAUCUUAUUAUUCCAAUAGUUACAUGCACAUGCUCGGGCCAACCCACCUUGUUGUAAAGAUGAAUGUCCACCUAAUAUUUUUUCACCUCUUGGGGUUAUUUUCACGUGGAAUUACUAUUAACAUACUAUUUAAAACGGUACUUGUUUUUUACAGCUUUCUGAGCCAUCCGGGAUCACUGAUGCAGGAAAUGGUAUGCUUUUUUUCUGUUUAUCAUUGUAUUUUCGCUAGUCAUGUCUCAUGCUGAUGUGCGUUCUCGAAACUCAGUUUGAAAUUAAAUCCUCACCUUAUAGAGACUUCAUUUGGCUGCUUUAUACGAAGGUUGAAGCUAAAUACUCUGGUGGACAAAAGUUAUUCAAUUUUCAGCAAUAGGGUUGUGCCUUAACGGAUCUUCAUAUGAGAAGUGUAACUGUUAUUCUCAUAAAAAAGAGAUUGGAUUUCCUUUAAGAAUAUAAAAUAGUCUACCAUUACAUUCAACUGGUUUUGUUGACCCCUGGAGUUGAAUGGUUUCAAGUGCAAUGAAGUGCACCUGAAGUUCAAGAAGUUCCUAUGGGUGAAGGUGGAAGGGAAUUAGUAGAAACUUAUAGUAUUCUCUGUGGGAAAGAACAUAUAUUAAGUAGUUCGGUUCUUAGUUGGACCGUUUCCUAGUUGUCAGGUAGUUUCCUUGUUUUGUGGCCCAGGUACUAGCAACUAACAGUCACUCAUGAUGCGAAUAUGUGAAGAACUAUAGUGAGAAAUAGCAUGUUUGAGAUUCUUUAAUUAUCAUUUGUUUAUUAUUUACUUCAGUACAAAUAGGCUCUUUAAGUUGCAAUAACUAAUGCACAGGCUAUGGAACUAAAUUGAAUAACCUUUUUUCUAAUCAAAGGCACAUAAAAAUUAAUUGUAUUUAUUGUCAUACUUUAAAUAGAAUAGUGCCAUUCAACAAUGUACACACCUAAAACCAGAGGUUGUAUUAAUAAGAUCACAUCUGUUUAUGGAGGAAAAAGAUUCAAAUCAGAAUAGAUCGGAUCGGAUGGAAUAAAUAAAAAAUGCAGUAUAUAAGUGAUCUCUUAAUUCUAUGACAUAGUGGCAAAAACCAAUGGUAACCCUUGAACUGUGCACAUCCUCAUUGAAUAAUUAUCUGUUUAUGGGACUAAAAAUGUACAAAAGUAACGCAUAAAAUGGAAAUAAGAGAUGAAUAAGCUACUACAAGGUCAUAAUUACAUCUUUGUAAGAUUGGAGAAGUCCAGUAAACAUGUCAUGUCAACUUCACAACAUAAUGGCAUAAUAAAUCGGACAGGAAACCUGAAGCCUGCCCCACACUAUAUUUUUUAGACUUGGGCCUCUAAUUCUAUCUUCGUAUUUGGCCUGAAGCCUGUCUUUGCACAUUUAGUUGAAUGGAACAAUUUUUCUUUUUGAUUCAAUUUUUUAAAAAGCUAUCCUCCCUCAUCGUUCUUGGUCAUAAGGGAUGAGGAGACUAGGUUAGCCAAAAGAUGGUUAUCCGUUCAAGGAAACAAAGUGACCUUGAUUUUUCAGGGUAUUCCCUUAUUUCUUCUAGACUAAUUGCUUUGUACCUCCGCAUCCUGUUGUUCCAUACCCCAUGAUUAGUUCUUCCACAUCAAAUAAGUUUUCCUCAAUGCCCCACACAACUUCUAAAACAACAACAUAAUAAUUAUAAAGGACUAGAACAUUGAAAUCAGUCACAAUUUAUAAGCCUUGAUUCGUAAAAUGAAGAGAGGAACAAGUUCCUAUACAAGGCAACGUGAUUUCAUAUUGAGCUUCAAAUCUAUGGUUAUUUUACAAAGAUCUUUUUCCUUCUUUCUCCCUUUUAGCACUAACCAUUCUUUGUGUAGUCUUGUCAUGCCAAUAGCUGAGUUCAUGAUUGGGCUCACUAGCCAUUUUGGAUUGCCCUAUCUCUCAACAUGAUCAUAAAGCUUAACAAAAAACUUUGGUUACUCAUGCACUUUGCAGGAUAAUAGUCAAAACAGUCCUAUUAGAUUUGAGUUAAGCUAAACAUCCCUCUGGACCAUCGUUAUCAGAAGGUAACACCAGUGACAAGCUAUUUUCAUUCUCUAAUGCUAGGAAUACUAUUUGACUGUCAUCCCUCACAAAUGUACAUCAAUAAAGGUUAUGAUGGAAGAAGAAUUCUUGAGCUUUGAAGAUCAGUCCCAUGGAUAUUUAAGUCAAUCAUACGUAUAAGAAUCUAAACACAAAUCUCAUAUAAUUAUCUUUACCUCAGAAGUGCUGAUAGUCUCAACUCUCUUAAGCCAAUGAUUCAAGGUACCUUCUUUUGUCACCUCAGUUUGUAAUUUAUUCAAUUAUUAGAUAUUCAUUUGGAUAAAACUAUCAUCCACUACCUCCAUUCUCACACAGGAUGAGAUAAUAGGUCUAGUAAAGAAAAGAAUCCACACACACGCACACACAUAAAUGUGGCGGUGAACUAGAAUGGGUAGAGAAACCAAGAACAUUACAAAGAUGUAUGACCAUGAAUGCUCUCAUAUGACCAGUAGAUCGAGUAUUUAAAGAGAAUCGCGUGAACAGUGGCACAAACACAAGGAGAAUACACAAAGGAAAAACUGCAAGUUUCUGGGCAUAUUUCUAGUUCGAAAAAUUUACCAGAAUAGGAAUUGGCCCAGUUUCAUAAUGGUUUGCAAGUUAAGAUAAAUAAUCCUCUUCGUAUCCUCGUUAUCUAACUGCUAGUUUUCAGUCAUUAUCUGAGAAAAAGCAAGAAAAGGAUCUGGGUGUAGAAUUUGUGUAAUGUCUGCAUGUGCCACAUAAAUCAUCUCUUUGUGAAUGUGUCCAGAGACAAAAUUUCUUAUUGAACUGAAAGCUUCACUGAUAAUUCUUUGUAAUCUUGCAGGGAGGCUUCUAAUAGCUGAUACAAAUAACAGUAGUAUAAGAUAUUUAGACCUGAAUGAAAAGGAACCUGCUCUUCAAACAUUAGAUCUAAAAGGUGUCCUUCCUCCAUCGCCAAGGCCAAAGUCACUGAAACGCCUCAGGAGGCGGCUAUCUGCUGACACUUAUAUUAUCAAGGUUGAUGGUGGGCCUUCUGCAGACGGAAACUUAAGUCUUAGAAUAUCAUUGCCUCCGGGGUAUCACUUCUCCAAGGUUUGGCUGGAAAUUUUCAUCCAUGACGUUUAUUCUUUUGUGAUUGUAUUAGAAAACUGGCUCUCAUCUUAAACCUCAAAAUUGAAUUUAUUUUCGUUCUGAUUUUAAUAAUGAUUUUCCUUAGAAUAUUGUCGUAUGCUCUGAAUCAUGCUUAUGGGAUUCACGAAGAGAGAUUUUUUUCUUUUGUUUCUGCCUAUGUAAUGAAGGCAAGGAUCAGACCCUCAGCCAGGCCAAGUUGGCACGAAAUUGACGUGUUUCUGACAUCACUGAACUUUACGUUAGUGGUCACUUGCAUCAAUCAUCUUUAUUUCAAUGUGGAAAAUCCAUUUAAUACUGAACCUUUGUAACCAACAAUUUAGAUCCCUUCUUCUAGAAAAAGAGCAGAAAGUGCUCUAUUUUUACUGGGAAAACAUUUUCAGACGUAAAUAAAUGGUGAUGGAAAGCCCUUCUCAGUUUUGUGGUUACUAGGCUUCUUUGCCAGUCAGGCUCCUUUGCCACUUAAACUAGGAAUUUCGCUCUUGACCAGCUGCCAUCAAGAGCCAUACUUAUCAACGGUGUUGUAUAUGAUGUGGGAUACAAAUAUUUUGAUGUCUGCUUGGAUGUAUGACAUCUUAGUUUAUAUUUUCUUGUCUGUUGAACUCGAUUGAUUAAAGUCAAACUGCGAAAAACAAUUACAUGAUUCUGAAUUUGGAUGGUUGUUAUUUUUCUACCAUUGUAACUUUUUAUAAGCUGGUUUUUUUUAUAAGAAUCCCAAUUAGUUGUAUUACACUAUGUUAUAGUGAGUAUUCUGUUGUAUUUAAUUUCCUCAAUUUGUCCUCAACCAGCAACAGACCCUUCUACGUUCGAAAUUGAUGUAACAAUGAAAGAAUGACCAUUCAAGACAGAAAAUAGCCUCAUAACUUUAUCCCAUUCAAAAUACAGGAAGCAAAAAGUAAAUUUGACGCGGAAACUGGAUCUGGAAAAGAGACGGUCAUUGAGCCAGCUGAUGGAUUUCUAGACUCUGAAGGAUCUGCAUCUCUUCAUUUCAAGAGAACAGUAUCUACACCCAGCGUGCAGAGAAUAAACGUCAAGGUAUGUCUGCGGAUGACUUUUUCUCACUACCUAAGUCAUGAACUUCUAACGCAGCAUGUGGUGAUGUCAAUGACGAUCUCAACUUUUACUUGGCUACUGAAUGUUAAGGUUUUCUGUGUUUUUAAAUUCCGCUUUUGUAGGAAACAUUUUUAAUGUCAAAAAUUGGUUUAGAAAACCGUAAAUUUCAUGAUAUUUAAUUGUUAUUAAAUAGCAGCCUAUUGUUACACAUAACAAAUUUGUCUCUAGGCUACUAGCCAGGAAAUGAAUUUUGGAGUUUUUUUAAAAAACAACUCCUUGUGAUCCGAUUACGCAUGGUCGGUCACUCGGGACUGAACAUCCUACUUACGAAUGUUCUAACUUCAUUAUCUGAAAUAUUCCAUAUCAUGUGGAAAAAUCUUUGGAGCUUUAAAAAAUUUUGAACAAACACCUCUGCAUUAAGUUUGCGGAGAGAUCACUAAUAUUAUAUUAUAAAAUCUUGACGCUCAGAACGGCAGAAGAAUAGCUAAUGGGUAAUCUUGCUAUCCUAAGAAGCAACCUUUUAAACUCAAACGAGUCCCAUUUUAGUUACUCUACACAAGUAUACUAGUGAUUAGAACAGUGGCCCCACUGGACUUGAUAACCAUUUAUUGUUUGAGUAUGACGUCCCUGUGCGACUUUGUGCAAAAGAAAAUGAUGUUACGAUUGAAAUGGAACAUGAUUAUUUCUCCCUACUCUACGAACAAGAGUAUGGACUGAAAAGGAAAUGAUAGUUAUGAUGACUUCCCUACUUGCACUAAAGGUAAGGUUUCAUUGAUUAUUCUAUGUAACAUUAGUGCUUCCAGGUUUCAGAAGUCGAGUUUGGCCAAUCCUCUAUAGCAGAUAACCUUAUUGCUCAGGUUGCUAUAAUCAAUAAGUAAGCACACUAUUUUUAUUGUGACAGGCCCUUUCUUACUAUCUUCUCCAUGGCAGCGUAUAGUCCCUAGAACCUAGUCUGACUCAGAUUGAUUGUAAGAGGUUAAACCUAGUUAAAGCCCGUUACUCAGGGUGUUGGGCUUAAUGACGGAAGUCUUUAACAGAAUAUAAAGUAGUAUGUUCAUCUCAAGUUGUAUGCUCAAUCGAUGUUACCCACCCAUGUUGGAGUGUUUUCUAGAAGUUAAUCCACAAGCGUACGUAUGCAAGAAAGGCCACAUUCAAUUUGAAACGUUGCACAUGUAGAUUAAACAUAUCAACCUAAAGUCAUUACUGAUUGUUUUUGAGUUGAAUGGAGCCAUAUUUUCACAUUCAGGAAGACAUCUUAAACCAUCUGGCGGUUCUAACAAGGGGCAGAAACUUCUCUUAUUGGCAUUCUUCAAUCAGCCCUCUUUCCUUGUGACCAACAGUUCGUUUGCCAUAUCUGGUCCUCAGAGUUCCUAUGUAUUCUAUAAGGGUCAUCCUUUUUUCUAUGUAUGUUUCGUGUUUUUUUCACACUGGAUGGGAUGGAAAUGCCUUGGAGUUCAUCUCUAGUUUUGGGACUGCAGGUUUACUACUGCAAGGAGGAUGAGGUUUGCCUAUAUCAGGCACUGGCCUUUGAGGUUUCCUUCCAGCAAGAGCAAGAGACCUCUCAGCAGGCAGAAGUCACUCUACCAUUCAUAGUGAAGCCCAGGAUACCUGCCACCUCCCUGCCUGUAUUCAGCAGCAGCUAG